AUGUCUAUGAUCACAAUAACAAACUGCUUAAUGUUGCACUGGCGAGCUAGCUCAGCUUGAUGACAAGGUGAGAGUGACAAGUAGACGCCCUCCUUUGACAGUUUUGUGGUAUUUGCUUUAAUGUCAGAUGCUAAAGUUAACUUUUUUUAGCUUUUGGUCUGUUUUAUGAUUGACAUUGUGCCUAAUGCUUUACUUUAAUGUAUCAUGUGACUGAUAGCUGGCUUAAGCUUAAAUGGGCGUUAACUACUUUGACUUCAACGGUAACUUGUAAUUUCAUCUCUACUGCGUUGAGUUAUCGUACCCCGGUUUGGAAUUUAAUAGAUAGACAUCUCAAAUCCAACUUUAACUGUCUAACCGUCAGUGUUUUUGAUUUACUUAGUUUUAAGUCGGUAUCCCUCUGGGCCAAAGCUAGUGCUGUCACUGGCACCGAAUCUAGAGAGGCACCAGAUUCAGUUCAAGUGGCCGUCGAAAGUGCUGCUGGUCCGUCAGUCAACUUCAAAGUAUGCGACUCUAUUAGCUGAUGUAACAUAGUGGUACUGUGAUGGAAAAAUCGAAUACUUGUCCGAAACUGAAAAAGCCGAAUUGAAAAAGAGAUUGUACAUACUCAUAUCAUUUCCUUUAUGGACGAAGUUCGGCUUGUUUCUUGAGACGCUGACAAUACCUGGGUGUGGCAACGUAUUUUAUGGAAAUCAUGCCAAAUGUAUUAUGUGAGCAUCUAGUUAGGUAAUGGAGCAAAUGAUUAACCAGAAAUAUAAUGGCUUAAACAGUCAGUAUAAGUCAUACCUGAGUCAUAACUUUGCACAUUGUGAGUUCAGUAUUUAGUAUCCCCCUUGCAUUUUAAAAAACCGUUUUUACUUUUUGAUAUAUGCGUACGUAUUUCUUGAACUUCGAAAAAUGUAGAAAAAAAAAAAGAUGACUCUAAGAGGAGCAAAACAACGUUACCAAUUUCGUAAUGUGUCCUAUCAUCCAUCAUCCUCACCAGCCCAGAGGUUUCUUAAACAUAAGCCCAUCGAACAUUGGUGAAACCCUGUCAGUGGACUCUAUUUCAACAAAGCAAAGACAUAUUACAACAGCCUUAUUUCUGACUGUGAUGAAGAGUGCAUAAAUCAUACAUGGCAGAAUCAAAGGUGUUUGACUGUUUAUUGUCAGUUUCUUAAACAAAUGGAAGUCACAAAAACAGUAGCAGGCAAGUUUGAGCACAGGAAUGACUUGGUGUUUCUUACAAUGGAAGAGUAUACAUGUCUGAUCAUCUGCACUUAAAGACAGCAUUUUAUUUUUUUCUUCCUUAAGGUUUGUCAGAACUGCUGAAGGUCUGUUUUUCUGUUCAUUGGUUUUAGUUGGUGUGAGAGUGAGUUUUGCAGACUGUAAUGGCGGCAGUGGGAGUCCAGGGGCCAAAGGUCACCGACUGUGUGACCAAAGUGGCGUUAAGCAUCUGCUGUGAGAAUCUGCCGGACAUGGACACUUUCUCUAAGUCUGACCCUUUGUGUGUGCUCCUCAUGAACAGCUCAGGGCAGCACUGGACUGAGGUGAGGAGGUUCAAAGGUUUUUACCUUGCAGAAAUGCUAAGUAUUUGGAGACAGUAAAAGUACACAAAGCUGUUCAGCUGCAAAAAUAGGUGGAAAAAGUGUCAGAAAAAGACUUCCUCCAUCCUGAAACAUUCCCUGUCUUUUUUAGAUUGGUCGGACAGAGAAAAUCGACAACUGCCUUAACCCUAAGUUUUCCAAGACGUUUGUCAUCGACUACUAUUUCGAGAUGGUGCAGAAGCUCAAGUUUGAAGUGUAUGACAUUGACAGUGAAAACUACAGUCUGCAAGACGCUGACUUCCUUGGAGAACUGGAAUGUACCUUGGGACAGGUGAGUCUUCUUUACAGUCACGGCAGAAGUUUAUUUCUGAUGAUAUUUGUUUUGGAAGACUUUUAUUUUGAUUGAGUCUUUUAUGUCCUUUUUAAUACUGUGACAAUCUUACUGCAUUUAAUUGAAAAUUCUUUUAUUUUUCUGUGUAGAUCGUGUCCUCAAGGAAACUAAUGCGACCUCUUGUCAUGAAAGACAAGAGACCUGCAGGGAGGGGAACCAUCUCUGUGAGUUAAUUUAUUUAGGCUAACUGAAGCAUUCCCAGUAUUUGAAAUUAGGAGAACAUUUUAUGGUUGUUAGCUUUACCUGGUGCUGUCAAUGUUUUUUAAGAUAUGUGCUGAAGAAAGAACAGACAACAGGAUGGUGGAACUUGAAGCUGCAGCAAGAAAACUGGAUAAAAAGGUACUGGUAACAACAUUACAGUGAAAUUAGAGGUUUAGAAACUAGAAAAUUCCCUCCUUAAAAUUUUGAAAGGGCCACAGGGGCUACUGCUGGAAUGUGUACAUUAUGAUGAGAUUCUUCAGAGAUUUUAAAUAAUUAAUACUAGUAGUUAUGUUAUAUACAAGGAGCACACCUACAACAAACAUUCCUAUGUAAGUAUUUAUUUAUACAAAAGAAAAAAAAAACCUGAGGCAGAGCAGUAGAAGUUUGAAAAACUUAAGUAAUCGCUCUUUUUUUUUGGCUUGUCCCUUUGACCUUGAUGAAAAAUUUUCCCCCAAAUUUGUAUACAAUAGAGAAAAGAAAUUGCACACAGAUCCUGAUCAAACCCCAUGUUUUUUUUUUUUAAACAUAUCUUUAUUGUUUUUUGUGUUCCAACAACAGCAACACAUUAAACAUAUGGCAGUAAUGAAAGUAAUAAUGAGAAAAAAUAAAUAAAUAAAUAAAUAAAAAUACAAAUACAAAAGGGGAAAAAAAAAAUCAAGUUAACAAAAUAAAAAGGAAUAAAUUACAUCAACAAAGUAGUGAAAGUAUACUCUUGUCAGCACCAUAAAUGUUAUUUAUUUCCCAUUGCCACCUCCGUAUCUCCAACUUUAAAAAUUUCUAGAAACAUCUUCCAAAUGACAUAAAAUUUAGAAGGCUUCCCUCUGACAAUAUAGGUCAGCUUCUCAAGAGCCAAACACGACAUUAAGUUAUUCAGCCAUUGGUUAAAAGAGGGGCAGCUAACAUUCUUCCAACAUAACGCAAUACAACGUUUGGCCUGCGGUAAACAAAGGUCAACCAUUUUCCUUUCUUUGUGAGAUAAAGGACAGUCCUCCGGAUAAAUGCCUAAAAUGCAUAGCUUAGGACAUAGAGGUACCGGGGAAGUUGUGAUGUGAGAGAUAUAGUUUAACACAGAGCUCCAAAAUUUUUGGAUUUCUUUACAUUUCCAUAAACAGUGAAACAAUGUACCCUGGUGGUUGUUACAUUUAUAACAUAGAUCAGGUACAUUAGAAUCAAAUUUAUUUAAUUGUACAGGGGAAAUAUAUGUUCGCAUUAUCCAAUUAAAUUGUAUCAUUCUCAAUCGAGUGUUGAUGGUUAGAGUAUGUGUUUUUAAACAUAUAUUACUCCAUUCACGGGUGAAAUGUCCUCUUCUAAGUCAUAUAUCCACUCCCGUCUCUUACUGUCCGAGUUUUCCUUAUGGUUUUCAACCAGCAUAUUAUAAAACCGGGAAACCAAUCUUUUCCCAAAACAGUCUUUUAUGACAUGUGUUUCUAAGGUGGAUAAUGGAGGUUGUUGUACUGAAUUGUUUAAGUGAGACAAAAUAAAACGUAGAAGUUGUAAAUACUUAAAGAAAUGUUUUUGCGGUAUAUCAAACUUUGCCUUUAACUCACUGAAUGACAUUAGAGUAUAAUCCUCAUAUAUAUCCUGCACUUUUACUAUACCCUUGUUCAGCCAUGUUUUAAAGCCCAUGUCGUUCUUUGCCGGGGCAAAGUGAUCAUUACCCCAGAUCUGGGCAAAACAGGACAACUUUGGAGAGUCACAUAAUAAUUUUUGUACUACAUGCCAAACAACAAUGGUGUUUUUUGAAAAAGGAUUAGUAGUAACUUUCUUUAAUGUUUUAAAGGAUGCUGAGUAUAAAUAGCUGUUCAAUGGUAAACCUUUUGAGGAUUGUUUUUCAAUUUCUAACCAGGGCAUGACAACAUCUUUAGAAAACCAGAACAUUGUGGCCCUCAACUGUGCAGCCCAAUAAUACCGUUCUAGAUUAGGCAGUUGUAGCCCCCCCCCCCCCAUCGUAAGGUAGAUGUAAGAGGGAGAGUCUGAGUCUUGGCUUCCUAUUGUUCCAAAUGAAAUUGGAAAGAAGCUUUUUGGUCUUGGGGAAAAAAAGAAGGAGGAGGGGCUAGUGGAAUUGAUUGAAAAAUAAAUAGAAAUUUAGGUAACAUAGUCGUUUUUAUUAAAGGGGACCUGCCACCAAAAUUUCAUACCCAUUUUUAUCAAUUUUUCAUAAUCCUUGAUGUCCUCUGAUCAUGUUUGCAACAUAAUUUUAGCUGAAAAGUUAUUUGAUGGUUUGUUUUAGUAUGCCUAAAAAACCUUACAGGAAAACCAACUGGUUUUGGCUCAUUAACAUUUAUGGUAAUGAGCUUUGCUCUGAUUGGAUCGCUGCUGUGAAGCCUGCUGUGCUCUGAUUGGCUCAGCAGUGGAGGUUCGGAUUUCGGUUUAUCCACUGUUAUUAUGCUAAUGCUAAUAGCAUAUGCUAAUGUGUGCUAAAGUAAGGUGCCCAGAUGUCUGUAAUGAUAUCCGGGGAUAUUCGGUGCGGCGGCGGUGGUGCAGGGGCUGCAGGGGCUGUGUGAUCACAGACAAAGUCUCAGUACUAUUUAGUAGCAGCGCAUGCCCCUUGUAAUAACCCCCGUAAGAACUGUUGUUCAGGACUGCUAACUAAAUUCGGCUACUGUAAUAACUGUAAUGCUCUCAUUAAUGAAACGCUUAAAUCGGGGACAUUUUCGGGGACAGCUUUUGCCGGGGACAGAUCAUCCAAUACGGGGACUGUCCCCGGAAAUCAGGGACGUCUGGUCACCUUAUGCUAAAGGCUAAAAACGGCAGGUAUUAAACCAUAUAUUUUAGACCCCGAGUCCGAAGAGGAGGUGGAAGUUGAGGAAGAAGCCGGAGAUCUCCAGCGGUGUUUUCUCAUUCAUUCUGCCCGGCUUUAAGUUCAUUUUCCCGGCAGUGAACUGAAGGAAACACCGAUCGUUUGGAAGAGACCCAUAGCGGAUACAGCGGUAGCUGGGUCUCGCUCUGGCUGUGACUGAGUACGAGAACGAGAGAGUGGGCACGGCUCACCGAGGACGCGCUCGUGAAUAAUAAUGAGCAAGGUCGGCGCAACGUAACACCGACGGGCUUUUUCAUUUGGCCUGGUUUACUCGUUCCUUGAUUUUAAACCUUUAUAGAAUGCAAACGACGUAACGGUUUGUUUUCACAUGUACAACAUAAGACGAACAUAAUAUGGACCUUAUAUGACACAAAAAACCCCAAAAAUUACAUUUUUAUGGCAGGUCCCCUUUAAGUUUAUUCUUCCCAAAAUAGAGAGAGGUAGCGUUGUCCAUCUCGUGAUUUCUUCUGACACGCUAAGUAACAAAGGCUCAUAAUUGGCUGAGCUGAGAUUAUUAAUUUUUGGGGUUAUUUUGACCCCCAAGUACAUAAAUCCCUCAGUGGCAUUCAUAAAUGGAUGUGAUAGUAAAGGUUUCUUCCUUUCGUUUUCAUUUAGAAACAUUAUAGAUGACUUUUCUUUGUUCACUUUAAACCCGGAUAUACUUCCAAAUUGAUUAAACAGCUCCAAGAGAGAUGGUAUCGAUUCUGCCAGUUGUGAUAAGAAUACAAUAGUAUCAUUAGCGUACAUCGCUGUAUUGUGUUCUAAAUCUCCGGUCUCAAUACCAUGAAUUAAGGGAUGAGAUCUGAUCGCUAUUGCUAAUGCAGGGUUUUUCCUGGCUCAAAUUGAGGCAGAGGUGGCACCAUCCUGACCAUGCGCCACGACGUGCAUGUAUUUGUAAAUUCAACCGAUUCACUUUCUUUUACAGGCAACAUACUUUAAGUUAAGAGUUCAAAAAAGAGUGUGACCAUUAUUAUGUUAAAGCAUUCAUUUAUUAAAACUAUAUACAUACACAAAUCAGCUGGCAACUUUAAAUUGAAAGUACACUUCAUCCACACAUCUCGCAACCAGACAGAACAUUUCAGCCUCCUCUUUUUCAUUCUGUAGAACCUCCUCAUGCACUCCUUGUAGUCCAAGGCCUCCUGGUCUGGUCCAUCAACGGCCACCUUACAACAGACAUCCAAGUGCCUCUCCUUCAGUCUGUUCCGCAGAGGUGUCUUCACCUUAAACAAAACCAUUCAUCAUGCAUUAAGUAUUUUGGUUUUUAUUCUGAUACAGACAUGAAGAGUGAUAGUGUUUUCAAUCAUAUAUAUGUAUACGCUGCAGUGUCCUCCCUAAAAAAAAAAACGACAACCAAUUAUUUCUUAAACUAUCUAAACUAUGUUAUUUAUUUUUUGUAACUUUAUUAGUUAAGUUUUUUUAGGUACUACCAUCUUUAAUAUAUUUCUCCUUCUCUUCUGCUGCUUUGUGAAUGGCUGUCACCUCGUCUUUUUAAUGUGUCCAGCCUGUAGUUGGUUGAUGGCUGUCUCACUAAGGAGGCAGCGAUUGCCUGCUGCGUUGGGGCACAGUGCUUUUGGCAUAAAUAGCAGUGCAUGCCUUCCUCAGUAUGCCUGAGCCAGGUAAAUUGAUUGAGCCAUUGCUUGUCAAAGCCACUGGCUCUGUGUUUUUGAGAAGAUCUGGAAAGAGGAAUAAAAACCACGUACACGUCGGCUUUGCGUUGUUAUGCUCCUAAUUGGAAACUAAUUAAUUAAUUACCCUCGCCUCGCCGACUCGUCCUGUCCUGCAUUCUGACCCUCGCGAUCACCAGUCCCUUGUGAAGUACUUUCAGACCUGACACAAAUGUCCACGUUGUCACCAACAUGAAUUAUAGCAUUUUAACUGCCUGUUACGUUUUUUCUCUGCUGUGUUUCACCUGGACUCUUGACUUUCCUCCUCGCGAGGUCGCUUUUUAAAGUACUGGCUGAUUUUGCCUGUCAUAACUGCAACGCUAAAAACGGAGUAAACUUUUUUUUUAAAUAAACACGACAUGCUUGGAUGCAAAAAAGAGAAGCAGUAUUUACCUGUUUGUACCAUCCGCCAGGGAAAAUCAGGACGCCGAUAGCACCAACCAGAGUGGUCGAUUAAACAUUGUUUAAUCGACCACUCUGGCACCAACUAGCGGGAAAAAAACUUGAAAAAACAUGAUUCGAUCCGUUUCUUCUUCGGUAGAUGCUUCAGGUCUUUCCGGUGCACUGCUGUUGAUAUAGCGCCUCUAUAGUGGCGCAACGCUGCAACUGCAGUUAAAAUACGUUGCUGCUGCAUCAGGACAUCAAUCGCUCAAUCAACACAGCUGGAGCUUUACGCUGUGUUGAGCGAAAUCAAUUGCUCUGGCUGGGGGCGGCACAAAAUUAGGUGGAGGCGGCCGCCACGUAAUUUUGAACGCAGGAAAAACCCUGGCUAAUGGUUCCAUGGCUAUUACAAAAAGAAGAGGGGAAAUUGGUGACCCUUGCCUAGUGCCCCGAAAUAACUCAAAAGGCUUUGAGGUGAGAUUAUUGGUAGAUACCAUUGCAGAGGAAUCAACAAAUAAAAUUUCGACCAAUCGACGACAGUGAUCCCCAAAUCCAAAUUGUCUAAGCACCUCGAGUAGAUAGGGCCAUUCGACUUGGUCGAACGCUUUUUCGGCGUCAAGUGAUAAAAUUGCAGUGUCAGGGGAUUCUUCACAUUCAUGAAUUAUGUUAAGAACUCUCCUCACACUGUGGAACCCCUGCCGCUUUUGCACAAAGCCAUUCUGGUCUCCAUGUAUAAUGGCUGGUAGAACCCUCUCGAGUCUCAUGGCUAGAACCUUAGCUAUAAUCUUCGCAUCAGAAUUUAAAAGUGAAAUGGGUCUGUAAGAGGCACUUUCGGUUGGCACUUUCCCUGGUUUUAGAAUAGAAAAUAGAAAAUAAACAUCCAAUAAUGGGGCAAUUAAUUUUGUUUUAAACAAUUUGUAAAUAUCUAUUGGAAGCCCAUCUGGACAUGAAGCUUUACCUCCUCUCAUGUUUGUAAUGGCGUUGGAGAUGUCAUUUAAAUUUAUUUCUCUCUCCAGUUCAGUUUUUGUACCUUCAGAGAUACAGGGAAUGACCAAACCAUCUAGGAAAUUACUUUGGUUUACCAGGUCUGGAGGGCUGUCAGAAUUAUAAAGGGUUUUAUAAUAUGAGACAAAGGUGUUAUUAAUUUCUGUGGGAUCUGUAGAUAGGUCUCCUUGUUUGUUCCUAAUUAUGUUGAUUGCUCUGUCGGAUUCAAGUUUCUUAAUCUGCCAAGCUAGCAGUUUACCCGGCUUCUCACCCUGAUCAUAAAAGGAUUGUUUCAGUCUUAUUAUACCAUCUUCAGCCUUAAGCAAGGAGAGCUCCUCAUAUUUUGCUUUAAGGGUCAGUAGUUCCUGUUUUUUUUGUGUUGAAUCAUCUAUGCUAACCUCUCUCUCUAAUUCUCUAAUUUUAGAGUCCAAUUCAAUCAUAGUCUGUUUGAAUUUGUUGAAUUUAGAACUGGUGUAACUUAUCAUUUGCCCUCUAAUAUAUGCUUUAAAAGCUUCCCAUCUAAUUGCUGCAGUUGUUUGAUUUGUGUUUAUAGAGAAGUAGAGAUCAAUAUGUUCUCCUACAAAUUUUAUAAAUCCAGAAUUCUGCAGCCAUUUGGGAUGUAAUCGCCGAUUGGUCGAAUGUCUGAACCCUUGAUCGAUGUUGUAAAAGAGAGAGGUGGGGGCAUGAUCAGAUAAAACAAUACUAUCAUAUACACAAUUAGUUAUACUGGGUAGCAGAGAUGAGGAAAUCAAACAAUAAUCUAUUCGGGAGUGGGUUUUAAAUACUGCAGAAUAGCACGAGUAUUCCUGUUAGGUCUAAAACCUGCAACAUUUACCUGAUAACAUAUAAAGAAGAGAAAGACAAUGGUAUAUACUCGAGGAGAAUGGACCGAGAUAGCUUCAGGUACCAUCUCGAAACCACUCUGAAAGGUAUUUCCGCCCAGUCUCUUUUAUUUAGGGUUGUCCCUGGUCACACAAUGUUUCUAAAGGGUGGGGAAAAAUAUGUGUAGCAACGUAAGCACUCUCAUAAAGCAUAAUAAUGAACAACUUGUGAAUAUGUGAAGGUCAAGGUGGCAUCUAACGAGCUCCUUCUGAUAAGCGUGUCCUCCCCUUAUUUCCUUCCCACGAUUCAUAGUGGAGGAUACAUCACACACGCCUGCUGAUAGGAGAAACGAGUUCACAGAGAAGUUAAGAAACAUUCAUGUGCUGUGUAAUUAAGCUAUUGGAGAGAGAAGUUAGAAAACACUCUUAUAUGAUAAAAAUACUCUUAUAUGAUGUAUAAAAAGAGGUCAAAGGAGUUUAUACUUGUAGUAUAAAUUCUUACAUAAGAAUAUGAGGAAUAAUGAUAACUUCUAUAUACAUUUAUGCACAUUAUUCUAACAAUUCCCUUUUGUUGGGGUUUUGAGCUCUCCAAGGAUCACAUAGGUUCAGAUCUUUCAUAUAUUGUUGAAUUUUCUCUCUUGUUUGGGAAUGGGAUGUAUCUAUCCCUGCUGAGCGAUCUAGUUUUGGGUCUAAAGCACAGUUUAAGUCACCUGCCAAUAUUAACUUACCAGGGAGGGUGGCCAGCAAUAAAAAUAAGUUUUCAAAAAAUGAUGGGUUAUCAUCAUUGGGGCCAUAUAUAUUAACCAAAUUAAUGGUUUCUCUCAGGAGAGUUCUCUGAACCACCAAAAAUCUACCAUUUUUGUCAUGAAUAGUGUAAUUUAUUUGAAGAGGCACCGAGUUAUGAAUUAACACCAUCACCCCUCUUGAAUGAGAAGGGAAACAGGAUGCUAGUACUUUGCCUGGCCAUCUCCUACGUAUUUUAACCAAGUCUUCUCUGAGUAAAUGAGUCUCCUGAAUAAACACUAUUGAUGACUUAAGUUGUUUCACCCUGGUAAUCACCUGUUUUAAUUUAGUCAACUUUACCAUCCCUCUAACAUUCCAUGAAGUAAAUUUAAAAUUCUUGUUUGAGGUCAUCUAAUUUCAAUACUGUUUGAUAUUUUGGGAGUGUACAAGAGAAGAAAAAAAACCACACACUCGCUCUGCCAUGAACAAAAACCCUUAGCUGUCAACCUGAACAAGACAGCCCCAUGUCUUUUCCCAUCCUCCCCCUGACCUCGGGGUGCAGUUAAAUGCACACACUGAUCCAGUGUAAACAAGGGAGCAGUUAAACCAAACCAUGCAGUCAUUAUAACAGACCUACCAAAACUUGCAGGACAAUUGUGUCUCCUGGCAAAAAAAAAAAAAAAAAAAAAAAAAAAAGGAAUCUACACAAACAAGUAUAUAUGAAAUGUUCAUAACAGUUUUUCUUGCAGCUUCACCCACAUUUAGGAAAGCUGACAGCUUACUGAAUAACCACUUUAAAUGUGAAAACAAAAGGAAUGAAAGCCCACUUCAGUAAAAAAAAGGGCGCGUGGCAGUCUCUGUACAUAAAACGUACAUGAAAAGCCCAUCUACAUCUGCGGAGAUUGACGAAAUAUUACAAUUAUGUAAACAAAACAGAAAAGUCUCUGCAGAAGAAAAAGAGAGAAAAAUCUUUCACAUGUGGGUAACUGGCCCAUAAUCUAUCAAUAUCAAACUAUAGCUGUUAUAGGUGGAUAGUAAUGAGUCCAACGGUUCAUUUAAUUAACCUGUCAGUCUUCAGUGUUCUGUAACCCUUGAACGAACUUUUCAGCUUCAGCUGGGGAUUCAAACUCACGUGUUUGUCCAUCAGACGACACUUGUAGCUUGGCUGGGUAGAUUAUUCCGUAAAGAAUGUUCAUUGAUCUCAGCUGUUGUUUUACCCGGUCGAAACCCCUCCUGCGCCGGUGGAGCUCCGUCGAGAUAUCGGGGAAGAACAUGACCUCUUGGCCAGCAUAGAUAACUUUGCCUUUGGCCCUGGAAGUUCGCAUCACUCGGACUUUAUCCUGGAAGUUUAAAAACUUCACGAUGAUGACUCUCGGUGUGGUUGAACAGUUCGGUUGCAUCCAGCCGGGUAACCUGUGAGCUCUUUCAAUGAGAGGUGGACUCGGGAAUGUUGCUGGUCCCAGCACUUCGGGGAGCCAUUUCUCCAGGAAAGCAACUGUGUCGUUUCCUUCCGCCUUCUCUGGCACGUUAACUAUCCGUAGGUUGGAGCGACGAGAGCGGUUUUCGAGGUCGUCAAGUUUGUUCGUUAGGAGAGUCACUUGUUUGGCUAGCGCGUCUGCCUUGCCUUUCUCUGAGUUAACUGUGUCCUCUACAGUGCUAAUGCGCACUUCUGCUUCAUCCAUGCGCGCCGAGAAGUCCUGCAUGUCUCUUUUAACAUCUUGGAUGGCUUUCAGCACCACAUCAAACUUAGUGGAAAAGUCAUUUCUGAUCUGGUCGAGUAUCUGAAUGACGUCCAUGUUUUGAGCUGAUCUAGAGUCCACGUUGUCCUCACGAGGCAGUGGCAAGAGGCUAGCAUCACACUCUGAGUUAGCUAGGCUAUUAGCAUCUGAGACGUCGUCUUCUUCACACUGAGAAAAGUUUGAUUUAGAUUUGAUUUUCUUCGGCAUUGUCGCGGGUAUGCAGUUAAGUCGCCGCGAGUGAAAGUUGCACUGUUUGUGCAGUAAAAGGAGAGUUUACAGGAUUUUACUGAAAAAUCGCCAGGAGCUCACAAAAACGCAGGUGUUCAGUUCAGCGCCAUAACCACGCCCCCAAAACCCCAUGUUUUGAUAUAUAAGUAAGGCCGCAGGGCUUUAAGGAACAGACUUGACACAGGUGCUUUUUCAGGGGGGUGCAGAAUAAUCAGAUGCCAUUCACUUUACCUUUAAGAGUGGCCUUUAUUGUGGCUAGUCCAAGGCACACCUGUGCAAUAAUCAUGCUGUCUCAUCAGCAUCUUGAUAUGCCAAGUGUUCACUGACACAGAUUUAGACAAAUUUGUCAACAAUGUUUGAGAGAAAUAGGUCAGUGAUGUAGUCUGUGGUAUACAGCGUAUUCCUACUUAUUUUUCAGUCAGCAUUGUGUAUACACACUUCUAAAUCCCCCCUGAUGUGCACUCAUUCUGUGUGUGUGCCAGAAUGCCAAUUUUUUCCUCAAGGGUGGUGAAGCCAUGACCCACCCUCCUCUGCCUCUAACUGGCUGGUACUCGCUGCCUUCACUAAUUAGAUUGGUUAACUUUAGGGAUGAGGACUGAUGAGCCAAUCAGAGGCAGAGUAGGGCGGGUCAUGCUGCAAAAAAUAUUCUGAACACCUCAGUGCCACUCCAGUUGAUUGACAGGUCACUGCAGGUCUCCUUGAAAGAUGUGCGGAAAUGCAAGAAAGGCAGAAUAAACGUCUUUCAAGUGAGUGGCAUGUAUCGAGAGAACCUACUUUCAUGUAAGACAUAAUUCUGAUGUUUCCUCAGUAGUGCUCUAAGUUUUAAGGUGGUUUCCAAAUGAAUCAUCAUUUUAAACUACUGGCAAUAUGGCAGCACAUUUCGAGGAAAAGAUAUUUUGUCACCAGGAGUUAAACUGUGCCUGUUCGCUAAAGUUAUGAAAGGCUAACGUUAUCCUAACAUAAGCCUGAAGCGUCAUUGUUGAUUUUCAGUAAGUGUAAACACUUACUGAAAAUCAACAAUGACGCGGUUUCCCCUCCUGGGUUAUCAACCCAGUUUACAAGAAUUUCAUACCAGACUGUAAUGUUAGAUGAAACUGUAAUAAAUGCCCAGAGAUUAUCUUAAUGUCUGUUAGGCUUGUUUAUUGUAAACGUCUCAAUUAUAACAUUAGCCAAGUUAAUUAGCCCUAACUAACCUGCAUGAUCUAGUUUAAUUUUAUAGUAGCUAGGCUGGUAGUUGAUUUUAAACUAAGUUGAAACACAAGAAUGGGGACAAAUAGUUUAAAACUAGGCCUGAAACAAUAUUAAGGUCUAACCAGGCUGUCUUGUUUUGUAUAUUUCAAGACACCAAUAUGAGAAAUUUGAGUUUUUUUUCAUCUGCCGCUUUUGACACCAUUGACCACGCCAUCCUCCUGUCCCGCCUACACUCCCUCCUCAAUAUCACAGACACUGCUCUCAACUGGAUCCACUCAUAUCUCACAGACCGGAAUUACUUCAUCCACAUCAACAACUGCUCCUCCACAACUGCCCCCGUGUCCCAAGGUGUCCCCCAGGGUUCGGUGCUUGGUCCUCUCCUCUUCAUCAUCUACCUCCUCCCUCUUGGCCACAUCCUCCGUCAACACAAUCUCCAUUUCCACUGCUAUGCUGAUGACAUUCAAUUGUACAUCUCUUCCACCGCCAUCACCCUCCAGACCCAACGCUCCCUCUCAAACUGCCUCACUGAUGUCAAACAACCUUCUAAAGCUCAACUACGACAAAACAGAUCUCCUCAUCAUCGGUCCAAAAUCCCUCACCUCCACAGUCACAGACUUUCAUCUCUCCAUUAACAACUCCACCCUCUCCCCCUCCCCCCACUGUCGCAACCUUGGUAUUCUUUUUGACAGCAACCUCUCCUUCACACAGCAUGUAAAGCAAAUCACCAAAACAGCCUACUACCACCUCAAAAACAUUGCCCGCCUCCACUUCAGCUCAUCCAGAACUCUGCCGCCCGCCUCCUCACCCAUGCACGCUCCCACCAACACAUCACCCCCGUCCUCCAGAACCUUCACUGGCUCCCCAUCCCCCAUUGCAUUCAGUACAAAAUCCUCCUUCUCACCCACAAAGCGCUCCACAACCAGGCCCCCCCCUACUUGCAAGAUCUUCUCCACCCCUACAUCCCCCCCCCGCACCCUCCGCUCCACCAACGCCAACCUCCUCACAGUUCCCUCGACCAAGCACCGAACCUGGGGGGACAGAGCAUUCUCAGUCGCCGCCCCCACAGCGUCUUUGAGUUUGUGAAAAGCGCUUUACAAAUAAAAUGUACUAUUAUUAUUAUUAUCUGAAAAUCAUGUAAAAAUAUUAAUGAGGAAUCAGAGAAGAAGUAUAGUCUGAAAAAAGUGCAUAAUACCCCCUCUUCAAUGACUGACUGUGUAAUAGAGCAUCAAAACACACUCCUACAUCUCAGACAACUGAUAAAACAUCCGCGGCAUCAUACUACAGAUAUCCAUUGAUCGGAGUUUUCUCGGGCAAAAGAGGCGGCUCUGCCCCUUUUUGUCGAUGAAGUCUAUGUCUUUAGACCAGUCCAACUUGUUAUCCAAAUGUACACCUAGGUAUUUAUAAGAUGUCACCACUUCGAUGUCCACUCCACAGGUGUUCACAGGCUGAAGAGGGGGUUUGGAUCUGCGGAAGUCUAUAACCAUUUCUUUUGUAUUUGAGGUGUCGAGUAGGAGGCAGUUUUUGUGACUCCAGUCUCUGUAUUCAGCCUCUUGUUCAUUUAUGAUACUUGCCACAAUAGCUGUGUCAUCUAUUUCUGGAUGUGGCAGGACUCAGUGCUGUAUUUGAAGUCUGACGUAUACAGUGUGAGCAGAAUGGAGCCAGAACUGUCCCUUGUGGAGCCCCUGUACUGCUCAUUAAUGUCCCAGAAACACAGUUUCCCAGUCUGACAAACUGUGCCUUCCUGUCAGGUAAUCUGCGAUUCAGGAAACACAGGCAGGAUCCACUCCCAUCUCUGUGAGCUUGUCUUUGAGUAUGGUGGGUUGGAUGGUGUUGAAUGCACUUGAAAAGUCAAAGAAUAUGAUCCUCACAUAAACCCCAGGUUCCUCCAGAUAAGACAGGGCACAGUGUUUUUUUCAGACAUCUUGCGAUGCAUACUUAGGCACAUCAUCAGUGAUGUAACCCAGGGCCCUGUGUGUUUCGGGUCUUUCAACAUCAUACUCCUAAGUAGCUUUAGUAGUCCAUGGUUCACCCCGCUUGAUCCACAGCCAUCUUGAUGCCCUCUCUGUGGCAUCUGAUAUGGCCUUGAUGGUUCUCCUGCUGUGCAGUCCUCUCACUCCCAGCCUCUUCAGUGCCCUACAGAAAGACUGGCCCCGCGAAGCCCCUACACCCCCCUUCAAUGGGGUCACACCAGGUCUUCCAACCAUUCUGUCGGCACUUGCUUGCCAGCUCCUCAUAUUUGGCCCUCUUCCUUUCAAAGGCCUCCCCUAUCCGGUCUUCCCAAGGAACAGUCAACUCCAACAUUACCGCCUGUCUGGAUCUUUCUGACACCUGCACUAUGCCUGAAGGGACCCUAUAUGUACUGUUGAUGAAGUUAGGUGCUGUUCUGAGCAUUAUUUGUGGCUAUAGAGUGGCCUUUUGGUUUAGGUGUGCGUGUGGAGCCGUAGACCGCUGUGUAUUGCUAUCGUGUGGUCUUUACUAAAAUUGGUAUAACUAGAGAAGCAAGCAGUCAGCAACAUUCAUCUCUUGAGGGGGUGUCUAAGUCGAUGUUGCGCGUGUUUGAACCUAAAUUAAUUGUAUGCCAGAAUAUCCCCUUGAGAUGCCGUAUGCUGCUUGUAAUGUGUGUUUAGUCAUGUUAAAUACAAUAGUGAGUCAGGGACAAGUGGUCUUAAGAGGCACACUUGCAAGGCAAAUCCCAGGAAAGAGGCAAUGUGUGAGGUAGACAUGGUGUGACACGGUGUUUUCUUUUUUUUUUUUUUUUUUUUUUUUAAUGCUGUAACUGAGCUCCAAAAGGGCUAGAAAUGGACUUAGCAGCUGUUCAUCCAUAGAAAAUCUAUAGGGACCACAGGCCAUGUAUUAUUUAUGUUUUGUGCCCUUUAGUGAAGGUUUUUGUUUGGAUGGAGGCAAUAAAUUCACCUGUUCCUGUUGCCAUAAAUUAUAAAAAUAAAACUGUAAAACUCAAGGUAAUCUAAAAAAAGAAUGGAAAGAAAAAUUAAACCAAAUUCAAUGUAUUGCCGAAAAACUGAACAAAGUAAAAUAAUAAUAAUAAUAAUAAUAAUAAUAAUAAUUGUUAUUAUUAUUAUUAUUAUUAUUAUUAUUAUUAUUAUUAUUAUCAUUAUCAUUAUAUAUAAUAUUAUUACUACUACUACUACUACUACUACUAAUAAUAAUAAUAAUAAUAAUAAUUAUUAUUAUUGUUAUUAUUAACAAUGAUAAUAAUAAUGGGAGUCAUUUCACCAGGAGUCGGAUGGGACAGGAUUUUUUUUUUUAAUUUGCUCAGAAUUGGUAUGGGACUGGAUUUCUUUUCUUUUUUUCUGUGGGAGUGGGGUCGGACUGGAGUGAAAAUCCACUCCUGUGUCACUCUCUUGUCUCUACAGAAGCUGAUCUAUUUGGUAAAGCAGUCAACCUGUCCGUCAAUGUUCAUACUGUCCUCAUCGUUGCACACUGUCACAAAAAAGUUCCCUGAAUCACAUCUGAGCAGAAUACCAGAUGUUGCUGAAUAUUAUUUUCUAUUUCAUUUCCAGGAUUUCUUUGGCAAGUCUGACCCUUUCCUGGAGUUUUACAGGCAGACAGAAACUGGAUGGCAGCUGGCACAUAGGACAGAGGUACAAACAUGCAACCCCAUUUCUGUCAAAGUUGGGAACAUGCGCAGUGUUGAUUUAAAACCAAAUUUGCUAGUUUACAAAGCAUUUAAACCCUGAGAUAUUGAAACUUUUGAGAGUUUGAACUCUGUUGUGAAAAAAUAUACUCAUUUUAAAAUUUAUGCCAGUGAAGUAACAUGUAAAACUGAUUUAACUGUUUGAAGUUUGUGUUGUUCAUUUCAACCAGGUGGUGAAAAACAACCUCAACCCAAUAUGGAGGCCGUUCCGUAUCCCGCUGCAGUUACUUUGUGGAAGUGAUGUGGAGAAACCCAUAAAGGUACAGCUCUUAUACUGUCUGUCUCUCUGCAAGGCUCCUCUUUGGAGGAAGUUAUGAAAUCUACAGCUGUUGUUACUCUGUUGGUGAUUGCUGAAUCCUGUAAAGCCCUUACUAUCAACUUCUGGUUUUGGUAGUAAUGUUAAGUAGCUGUAGAACAUAUUUGUACUUAUAAUGUCAACCUUCCAUUGAGUAGUGGAUGCGUCAAAGGAAAAAUUUCUAGAGUUGCUUUCUCUGAAGUGAAACAAAGAAUGUGUUAGAUUUAAUGAAACUGAUUUAAGGACAUAAAUAAAGGAUACGUUUCUGAUGAUUUUGAUACAGAAGUGUGUAUUAGCUUUAGUUCAUGUAUGUUGUGUUUUUUUUUUGUAUUGUUUUUGUUUCUAACCCUGUAAAUGCACUCUAAUGGGGAAGAGAUACUUCUAAGUCCACAGAGCAAGUGAGUUUUCUGUCCGCACCGUCAGCGCUCUCCUGUAGGAUGCAGUGCUUCUCAGAGAACAAGCCCAAUCCUAGUUGCAUCUAUAUCUAAAAGGAUUAUGUUGCAAAUUGAAGGGAUUUUGGCACAUUGGUUAACUUAUCUGUGUUUGUAUACUUUGUGUCUGAGUAAUUAGAGUCUAUGAUGUAGCCAUGAGCAUUAAAAAAAGGAAUUUCACUCAUUUUUCCAUUUACACCUGUAUAAUAAGCCUGUUUAUGAGAAGGACUACAGUGUUAGGCUACAGUGUUGUUCACAAUGAGUCCAGCUACAUUAGUAACUUUCCCUGAAUCACUCCAGCCAGCAUUUUUUUUAUUUUUCUCCAUGUAGGUUAAGCUUACUUUAGUAUUACCUGUAGGUAAAUAUUUUGCAGUUUGACAUUCAAUUACAAACGAAAGAACAAUUAAAAAACUUUAGAAUAGGUGUUAUGUGGGCUCUCUUUCAAGUCUUCAUCAGCAUCCUUGCAGCCGAGCUUUGCAGCAGUUGAAGCUGGAGAUGCUCUUUUUUUACGGACACCAGUCAGAAGAGUGUUACAGUCGUAGGGAUAAAAGAAUAAAAUAAUAAUAACUUCUUUAUAUAUCAUCUUUAAAAACAGAUGUUUACAAAGUGCUUUAACAGAUAAAACUAACAAAGGCAACAAAAGUCAAGACUACUGGAUGGACUAGUGUCUGCAAAAGAAAAAUUGUCACACUGGAGCAAUGGGUCUCAGUUGAUAAUAUGCUUUUUAAAUGACUCUUCAGGGGUUGGCAUUAAGAUUAAGUUGUCACUGGUCUGAGUGACAAAUCAAGUUCACUGGCCCCACCACUUUGACCAUUGGUCCAGGAAAAAUAUUUUUGAUUCAAUUUUCAUUUUAUAUUUAACUCUUAAACCUUGUUAUGCUAAUAUGAUGUAAACAGGCCUAUAUACAGGCAAUACUAAGUUAUCUCCUUAUGCUAAUAAAAAGCAGAUCUCCUGAUUUAUUUACACAUCAGAAGAGACUACAAAUUCAUUCCUAUGAACAAACUACCUCACUUUCUAUACCCAAUUUACUUGUCUGCAUAUGUGGGCAUUGAUCGGCAGAUUUGGCAAAAGUAGGAAUGGGCAGGAUUAAUCGAUUAAUUGAUCAUUAAGAAUUACGUUGAUCACAUAAAUUUUUGGAUUGAUGUAACUUAUUAAAAAGGGCUGAGAGCGUGUGUUCAUCCUCCAGCUGCUUCCAGCAAAGAUCAACCUCUGCUGAUCAAGGAAUUUCCAGUCCAGAAUUUCCUCUUCCACUUUUUCUCAUACUCUGUCACUCUCCCUCAGCUGCUUUGCUGAUUUUCUUUUGUUUUGACUGGAAACAGGCAGUUUUAAAAGCAUUUUAUCAAAUGUACAAGAAAAAGCCUCUAUCACAAUCUGUCUUCUGUCAGGCGUCAAAUCUGAUGUUUUUGUGCGCUGGUGGAAGUGACACCAGCACAGCUGUCUGCAACAGUACCUGUCAUUCACUUUGUGCACGCGCGCUAUAGCAGUCACUAACACCAUGAUCUGGCUUUCAUAUGAAAAUGAUGUGAGGCAUUAUUGUAACUGGCCCGACUGGACCAGUUGGAGUCUGCAGAGCCUUUCAGGUGCACAGCCAGGCCAGAGAUAUGUCGAGCCCAGCUCUUUAAUAUGUGGCUCAAGGCUAAGGUCAUAUUUUAAUACCACUCCAAGAUUUUUGGCCUGCUGACAUUGGUUUAAAGAAAGUGCUUUAAGUUUUGCACCCAGUUUUUCUCUCUUUAUACCAGUACCAGUGACUAAAACCUGAGUUUUGUCUGGGUUAAGCUGUGAAAAGUUCUCUAUCAUCCUUGACUUGAUAUCUAAAAUACUGUUAAAAAGGGUAUCAACGGGCCCUGGGUCGUCAGGAGACUAGACUUUCUGCGGUAUACCGUAUACACCGUCAUCACGAUGAAAUAAAGUCAUGGUGGCGACACCGUGAGAUUGCUGAGCUCACGGUGACGUAAUUUCAAUAUUAUGUAGCGCCGCCGGCGCGUAAAGCGCACGUUACGCCUCAACACAAGCGCGACUUGCCAUAAUUAAGAUAUCACUUCACGUUCACAUUAACAUUAGUGGUCAGUCUGGGCCACAGUAAGACAGCAGCACCAAAAUAUUGAAUCAUUUCCUACCUGUGUGAUGCUGCAAUGUGCUGGAAAAAACACAAUCUUAUAUUCCAUUAGUUCUGGGCAGGCUGCCAUGCCCAUGAUGAUGUGCUGCCCCCCAUAAAUGGUUUAGUCCAACAAUCAAGCACCCCCCCCCCGGAAAGGUAGUUUUGGUAUAAAACACACCUAAAGCGACGCCCCGCCAUAUCCACAUGAUCCAUUCCAGGAAGCGUGCACAAAGCAUGGCAUGAUGAUGGCAGACUCCUCCGAACCAGAGGCACAGAUAAUAUGCUCGAGCCCGGGCUUUAAAGUUUUUUUUUUUUAAUAUACCGUCACCGUGAAAUACCGAGGUGUAUGGUACUGUCACCGUCACCGUACCGUACUGCUAAAUCUCAAACCGUGGAAAGCCUACAGGAGACUGUAAUAUAAAGAUGUGUGUCAUCUGCAUAGCCAUGGAAGCAAAUAGUGUGCCUCCUGAUGACCUUUACUAGGGGUAACAUAAAAAGGUUAAAAAGCGUUGGAGCAUAGCAACUUAUUUUAUAACGUCUAAUUAAGAAUUCACUCAUCCUCACAUUAAUCCCCAGACAGUAAGAUAAGAUUGCCCAGCUCAGUAAAAGCAGUAGGAAGAAAGCUGGUUUAUACUUGUUUGUUCUGCACUUUGGUACUAAAAAUGUCAGCCAAAGGGACAAACUGAAAUCCGAGGUGUAAAGGGUGGGAGUAAUUAUUUCUCUGCUGUCUAGAGAUGGGAUUUAUGUCUCUUUGAAGGGAGCCGGAUCUUGUGGAGGCAUUCCUUUUAAAGAGCCAUUCAAAAGACUGGCUCAUUGUUACGUUUAUUUAUUUUUUAGAAGUCAACCAGAGGUAACUCAUUUUUAUCAUGGAAACAGUCACUCCAAUAUGUGUCAGAAUAAUUCAAAAUCACAUGUCCCACAGAUAUCUAUUGGUAAAAAGAUAUACUUCAUUGGUGGGAAUACCUCUGAAAUAUUGUUCAUAAUUUCAUUUGGCUUGUGUUUUCAUAACCCCAUGCUUUGACAGUGAGAUCACUAUUUUGAAUUUUUCCCUCACCUAAAAAACUUUGUGGCACAAUAAAAAUUAUGCAAGCUACAGAUUACUUCCCUGCAAAACAACUGUAAAAUUUACUACACAAGAACAUUUGAAGAAUACAGGAAAAAAGUAUAAAAAUAAUAAAUAAGAAUACAAAUAUGCAAUUAUAAAUAUGUGUUUGUAAAAAAAUAUAAAUAAAACUAGAAUGAAAGUUAGGACAUGAUUAAAAUGUUAAUGAAAAAUUGCACUACCCUACCCAGUGUUUGGGGCACACUGCUGACAUGUGAGGGCAGCGUGGCCAAUUUGCAUAUAAGAACGGCUCGCAAACUCAUUGUUAAAUGAAAAGAGCCAUUCAAACAACUGACCCAUUUACGAACUCUACAUCCCUAUGCUGUAUCUGCCUAGUAUACAGAUAUGCUGGGUAUGGCCGUGACAGCCUACUCCACCACUGAACAACAAAAUUUAAAGGACUUGUCUCUGUGAUAGUUCAGUGACCAAAACAUGACACCAGAGACAAAGACAGAGCAGACAUUUAUUUGCAUACUGAACUGCAUGAAGGAAGUAUGGUGAGUGGCUGAAACUUCUGUGUCUCUGUCCAGUAUUUCCUGUCAAACUAGGCUCAGCUAAAGAUGGUUCAGUGCUAAAACAUUUCUUUUGUGUAUUUCUUUGAUUUCAGUAUGGACAGCAAUGCAAAUAACAAAUUUUAGGCAGAGCAGACAGAUGUUAUCAAAUGGAAAAGUACAGAAAAUUUGAAGCCAUAAGAGUUGAUCCAGUUUCAGCUAACUAAUCCCUAUUUACAGGUCCCUGCAGUUUUACAGGUUAGAGUAUUCUGGUUUCUGUUUGUGCAAGUUGGAAAUAUGAGUAGUAUGGACCAAUCACUUAUCAACAAACUUACUUGCAGGUGUGGAAAACAGUCUCUAUUGAGGGCAAAAUCAGUCAGAACACAGCCUGUUCUGGAUAAAACCUGAGCCACAAAUCAGCUCAAUGCUGUGUCUUUAAAGCCAAGUGGUGUUUGUGUUUACGGUUGCUGACUUACUAAAAUGCAUCACAGAUGACAGAUCCUUCCCCCAGCAAAAAGUGAAAAAGAUGCUUUUUGAAAAAGUACGACUUAUUUUUUUUACUUUUUAUUAAUCAGCAUUAUAAUGUAAUAGCUCCUGCAAACACUUAUUAACAAUAAGAACCUUUUUUUUUUGGUGUCAAACUACUGAAGUGAGCCAGACUGAAGCCUCUGUGUAUUUUGUAGUCUUGUAGCCAGACAAGACAGGUUUACUUUGUGGACAUUUUUGAGGGUUUGAGUUCGCUCUGUUGUACACAUGUUCAUUUUUCAUGUCGCCAGUUGUACUGCAAAUAAUGCAGCAUAGGGAAAAGGAAGUCUUGGCUGGAAGUUCAUCAUCACUAAGCCAGUGGCUUUAAAGAUCACACUACAAUUUACGAAAAAAGUUGAGUUAUUGUAAAUUAAUCAUAAUAUAACCAAGAUGCAUUUAUAAUCACUUUAAAUUCAUUUAGUUUUGAGCACAAAAUAUAAAAAUAAAUGUGUCCUAUCAUUGUAAUCAAGGCUGGUUACAGAUUUAGAUACAGUUUUAACAGUAUCAUAGAAGGCCAAGACAAACUCAGGUGGGCUUUAAGAGUAGAUUAAAUCUGUAAAUCUUUCUCUGUCACUGAUAGUAGCCUUAACUUUCAAAUGUUCUUUAACUAGGUAAUCUAAUGUUUUAACUGGUAAGUUAACCAAUGUGACAGCCUCCCAAAAAGUGGCUCAAGUUCUUUAUUGUUUAGACUGACUGCAGCACUGCAUAGUUUGUACUGUGUGCUCCAUGAUGCCUUUUCACCUGUUUAUCUUUAUUUAUCUGUUUAUUUCUGAAGUUACAGAGAGAAUAUUCUCAUCAGGUAUCCUCUCUGAAAACAUUAGCCAGGUUGUCCUCUUAAGGCACUUGUCUUUGUGUUUCCUGUUGUUUUCUUGACAUUAGAGUGUCCUACAUUAGACAAAGCAUGUCUGAGCUUGUCUGCUUUCCUUUUUACACCAUGUUUAAUAUAAUUUUAAAUGAUGAAUAAAACAUUUAUAGCUCACAUGAGUGCAUAUUAACUGGAUUUGUUGUGUUUCUCCUGACUGUUUUUGUUUGCCAGGUGGAUUGUUUUGACUACAACAGCAGCGGAUCUCAUGACUUUAUUGGGAGCUUUGGAACUACGCUUGCACAAAUACAGCAGGCGUCUCAAACAUACGCUGUGAGCCCUUUUACUUUUUUUGUCUUUUUAUCAGUUUGACAGAUGUUCUCAUAUAUUUUCUAGGAAAGCUUACUCGGUGAAUAUGGAUGCAGAUUGAACAAUUUUAAAUGUCCCAACAAAUUUCAUUUUUUACCGUAAUCUAAUAAAAAAAAAAAAGAAAUCAAACUUCUCUUUAUUUUUUAAUCUUGAUAAAAAUGGCUUACAGCUCACAAAAAAAAUGCUAUCUGAAAACAUCAGAAUAUUUUGGAAAGGUCCAGUUUCUCAAUCACCUCAAUUCACCUGUACAUGUUUACUGAGCCUUUAUUCUCUCACUCUGAUUCAGUUCACCCACCCACAGUCAUGGCGCAAACUGCUAAAAGAUAGUUGUCCAGAAGACCCCCUUCACAAGGAGGGUCCCGGCUGUAAAGGCUGGCUGUUCACAGAGUCUGUAUGAAGCAGAUUCAUGGAAAGUUGACUGAAGAGAAAAGUGAAAGAGGAGAAGGAGACCAAAAACAGGGAUGAGAGCAGUCUGAAGAGGACUGACAAACAAAGCAGAUUUCAGAACCUAGAGGAGCUUCACAAGGACUGGACUGAGGCUGGAGUCAGAGCAUCAAGAGCCUUUAUACACAGAUGAGUCCAGGAAAUAGACUACAAGUCAAGACAUACCUGAACUGUAUACAACGUCAGAGAGUCUUGUUUUGACUUAGAAGAAAAGAACUGGGCUGGUGCUUAGAGGUCUGAAGUCCUUUUUUCGGGUGAUUUUUGCCUUUUAAUGAUAGUACAGUUGUACAGGGAGGAAUUUGGGGAGAUAGAGAGAGAGGAGGGAGGACAUGCAGCACAUGGUCAGGGCCGGACUCCCACUUGCGAUUGGUGCGGGGACCAUGGUACCCUCGUACAUGGGGCGCGCUAAAGUCCUGUUUUUAGAUCAAUUUAAAAUCUCAUUUGGAAAUCAAGGUCCUAGAGUCUGGAGGAAGAUCAGAGAGGCCCAAAAUCCAAGAUGCUUGAGGUCCAGUGUGAAGUUUCCACAGUCUGUGAUGAUAUGGAUGCAUGUCAUCUGCUGCUGCUGGUCUUUUGAAGUCCAGAGUCAAUGCAGCCUAAAGUCUACCAGGAGGUUUUAGAGACCUUCUUGCUUCCUCUGCUGAGAAGCUUUCUUGGAGAUCCAGAUUUCCUUUUCCAGCAGGACCUGGCACCUGCCUACAGCGUGAAAACUACCAGAAACUGGUUUUCUAAGUAUGUUAUUACUGGAGCAGCCAACUGGUCUGACCUGAAUCCCAUAGAGGAUCUCUGGAGGAUCAUCAGAAGAAAGAUGAGAGACACUUUGGCAACAUGAAAGAUGAGCUAAAGAGUAACCUGGACUUCAAUAAGACCCCAUCAAAGACACAGACUGAUCACCUUCAUAGAGUAGUGAUGCAAAAGGAGCCCUGACCAAGUCUUGAGAGCAUAGAUGAAGAUGUUUCUGCAUUAGAAAUCCUUUUUUGGAUCUGUGUUUUGUAAUAUCCUAAUGUUUUGAAAUUGUGGAUUUCUGUGAACUGUAAGCCUCAAUCAUCAAGAUUCAAACAAAAGAGUGGAAAUAUUCUUAUAUAAUAUAUGAUGAAUCUAGAAUAAUCUCAAUGAUUUUUUUUAAAUCUUAUUGUUUGAGCUGUGCUUGUAUGUCUGACACCUGAUUGGUGUGUUUUUGCUUAGGCGGAGUUUGAUUGCAUCAACAGCAAGAAGAAACAGAAGAAGAAAGGGUACAAAAACUCUGGUGUCAUUGUCAUUAAAAAGUGCCAGGUAUUGUGGAAUUUAACUCUUUUAUUCUUUAGAUUAUGCAGGUGCCUCACUAGAGGAUCAUUUGUCCAAUUUGGGUCCAAUUCCUUUACUUUCAAACAUUUAAGGACAUUUCUGUGGUUAAAUUCUGACCAGAAAAUGUCUAUUUCCAUCUAGUAAAUUCACCAAUUGUUGUGGAAAACCUCCAGAUGAAUCCCCCUGUACUGUUAUUCUGUAAGUGCAGCAGUUGUACACCAUAUGUUUGUAAUUCAUCAGUGAUACCAUUUUGGUCUAGCUUUUUUCUAUACUUUGUCACUAGGAAGUGGAUACACCCACCUUAAUCUAAAAAGAAAAAACUGUACAGAUAUCAAACUCUAAAUCAAGUUUUUAAUGAAACAUACUGUUGGUAAGAAAAUUCAACAAGAUAUGUAAAACCAAAAGCGGCAAGGCAGACUAGUAUGAGUAUGUAGAGGGAAGAGGUUGGUAACAGUACUGUUGAGCAUUUUAUACACCCAUGCACCCUUUUUCUAGCUGCCCCCCCCCCCCCCCAAAGGUGGUUCAAUGCAGUUAGGCCCCCCCAGAACAACCCCCCAGCACUAGUAGGCAAUGUUUAUGUGAGACCUGAGCCUGCUUUGCCUUGCAAAGAUCCUCAAUAUCUCAGCACAAUGUUUAAUAAACACAGCCUCAAAUCAUCCUCGAUUUGUGCACGAUUGCGGUAUUCCCCUCCGACCGGCCCACUUAUUCACAUUGUAAUAAACAUCAGUCUCUGUCGGGGAGAGUGGCUAAAACCUCCAGUAACACACUGAGGAUCCUUACGCACGCACGCACGCGCGCGUGCGCAGCAGCAGUGAUCAAAUGUAAAUGUAACCCAGCCCAUGUGCCACUCCACACCAGGAGACUGCGUUGUAUUGUGUUAAUGUUGGGGGUGCAGAGGAGGGACAAAUCGGACAGGGGUGGUUGUUCUAUUCAUGGCUCGGACCAAGCCGUUUAUUAGCAGGUCAGUUCAAGGUCAGUGCUGGCGGUUCUACCGUACGGCAGACAAAAUGAACAUUAACUCAAGUAAAAAAUAGGGAAAGGUUCACAGUCAGCCUACAGGCUAAAAAUUAGUGCAGUAGGGUUACACAUAAAUCAAGUGAAUCAUGGCCAACAUUCUCAUACAAAACACAGCCCAAAUGAGAGUACUAAACUCACUGGAUAACACACACAGAAAUAUGUUGAUAACACAACAUAUUUCUGCAGCAUAUCUUUAAACACAGUAGUCUAACAGAAUACAUAAGCCAUUGUUAAUUUAUCAAGACAAUUCACAUUUAUGCAGAGCACCAUUUAUACUGCUUACCUUACGGCAGACAAAAUGAGCAUUAACCCAAAAUGCUGCUCGUGUGGGCGAAUACCUGAAAAUAUGGUUGCCUGUCAGGACAAGCGGCCACAACUGCCAAACCGCUGGGAGCAAAAAAUAAUAUCUAUCGAUAUGUCCAUCUAUAGUAUAGUACAUUGGUAUAAAGUAUAAUAAACUUCUCACCAGAGUCUCCCUCAUUAUAAUAAUAAUAAUAAUGCAUCAGAUUUCAUAUAGCGCUUUAUCAGAGACCCUCAAAGCGCUUUACAUUGGAUACAUCAUUCAUUUGCUCACACAGUCACACUUUGGUGGUGGUAAACUACCUUAGUAGUCACAGCUGCCCUGGGGCAGACUGACGGAAACGUGGCUGCCAUUUUGCGCCUACGGCCUCUCCGACAACCACCACACAACACUCACAAUCAUACACCAGUGAAGGACACACACUGGGAGCAAGGUGGGUUAAGUGUCUUGCCCAAGGACACAACGGACAGACUUGGGAUAGGGGGGGAAUCGAACCGCCAACCUUCCGGUUAUUGGACGACCACUCUACCUCCUGAGCUACUGCCGUCCCACACCUGUUUGACCAAAACAGCCCCUCUCAUCCAGACAGAGACACACCUGUGUUCACCAAGCUACAGGUUUCACAGCAGUUCAUCACCCCACACCUCUGCUUAACGGAGAUCUGACAUAAAAUAACAGAGGGCUAAAUUUACUACUUACACUCUGGUGUCAAAAACAGUCAGCAUUAUCAGUCAUCCAGCUCCAACAGGUUAAUAAUCCACACAUAUACUUCCCAUUUACAUGCCGUUCCUCACGGUCAGUGUCUCAUCCAUUAACAUUGUGUGAUGUUAUUUUUCCUGAGGACCCUCAGGAAGUGGAGACGCUGUUGGGCCUUUUUAAUCACCUUCGUAGUGUUUACAGUCCAGGUCAGGUCCUCCUCGAUCUGAACACACAUCUGAAGCGGAAGUCUAACACCUGCUCCACACAAUCCCCGCUGAUGAUGAGUGGUGUGAUAUCAGUCUUUUUUCUCCUGUAGUCAAUCACCAGCUCCUUUGUUUUUGCUGUGUUGAGCAGAAGGUUAUUCUCCCCACACCACACUGCCAGAUGUUCAACCUCGUUUCUGUAAGCAGACUCAUCUGCCCCAGAGAUGAGCCCCACCACCGUGGUGUUUCUGCAAAUUUUACUAAGGUGUUGUUGUGGUGUGUGGGGACACAGUCGUGUGUGUAUAGGGUGAACAUCAGGGGACUCAACACCCAGCCCUGUGGCAAGCCGGUGCUGAGGCUGAGGGCCAUUGAUGUGUGAUGGCCCACUCUCACCCUCUGGUUGUGACAGGUGAAAAAGCUGUUGAUCCACAUGCAGGUGGGGUGUGGAAUUCCUAGAUUGACCAGUUUGUUUAACAGUUUGUGAGGAAGUAUGGUAUUGAAAGCAGAGCUAUAGUCCACAAAGAGCAUCCGUACAUAGCUCCCCUGCUGCUCCAGGUGGGACAGUGCAGUAUGGAGGGCUGUGGCUACGGCGUCUUCUGUGGAUCUAUUAGCCCUGUAUGCAAACUGGUGAGGGUCCAGGCUUUUUGGCAGGUGUGAUGUGAUGUGACCCCAGACCAGCUUUUCAAAGCAUUUCAUCAACACCGGGGUGACAGCAACUGGCCGGUAGUCGUUAAGGCUGGAGAUAUGAGGUUUCUUGGGCAGGGGGACGAUGAUGGAGGACUUCACGCAUGGUGGAACAAUGAACUCGGCCAAGGACUGGUUGAAAAUCCUUGUGAAGACUCUGGCAAGCUGAUCCGCACAGUCCUUUAACAUGUGCCCGGGCACUCCAUCGGGCCCAGCAGCCUUCCUUGGGUCCACGGCUCGCAGGGUACGCCUCACCUCAUGUUCUGUGAGGGAGAAGUUGCUGUUGUCCAUGGGGUGUGGUGUGGCUGCCUUGGGCGAUUCCACUUCAAAACGGGCAAAGAAGGUGUUAAGCUCCUCUGCCAGUGAGGUCUCACCCUCAGCUGCUCCCAAGGUGGUUUUGUAGUUGGUGAGCUGUUGGACUCCCUGCCACACCUGCCUGCUGCUGUUACUUUCCAGGUAUGCCUCAAUCCUCCUAUAAUCCGACUUGGCCCCUUUGACGCAUCGCUUCAGGUCAGCCCGGGCCGCAGAGUAGAAGACCUGGUCACCAGACCUGAAGGCGGUGUUCCUCUCCCUCAGCAGCCACUGGACUUCCCGGGUCGUCCAGGGCUUCUGGUUGGGGUAGACCCAGAUCUGUUUUUCCACAAUAUCAGUGGAUUAUUAAAUUGUUGGAGCUGGAUGACUGAUAGUGCUGACUGUUUUAGCCACCAGAGUGAAGGUAAGAAUUUUUUCCCUCCAUUAUUUUAUAUCAGAUCUCUGUUAAACAGUGGUGUGGUGUAAUGAGCUGCUGUGAAAGCUGUAGCUUGGUGAACACAGGUGUGUCUGCCUGGAUGAGAGGGGACAGGUGUGUUAAUGAGGGAGACUCGGGUGAUGAAGUUUAUACAGUUAAUGUUGAUGUUUACAUCAGAUCGCUGCUCUGUGUGUGCGUGCAUGAGUGUAACGUUGUGAAGGAUGCACGGUGUGUGAGCCUCUCUCCCUGUAGUGACUGAUCAUCACCGGUUGGUCAAAGCAGGAUGCUCAUCCUGCCUGCUUGGUCAUUUGAGUGGCUGGGUCAAAAUAGUAGGCUACUUUUGUUGACACUUGCCAUGCUGUGCGUGUAGCUUCUUGAUAAAGCAGGCUUUAAAUUGGUCUGUAGUCCAACAGCUUGGGACUCUGCUUCAUCUGCUUUGUACUAAUAGCCAGUGAGUCUGCGCCACCUGUCCUGUGCUGCCCCCUGUUUCUGCUGGACAGGUCCGCACCCCCAUGGUUGAGAACCACUGCACUCAUGUAUUUACUGACAGUAACGGUAAUUUGAGAAGAGAAAUUAAGAUCUCACGGAGGACAUUUACCCUCAGCCGACAAGAGCCAAGUCUCCCAGUCUAAAAAUCUGGGCCAAUUCAAGGGCCCUUCUUUCAAAAACAAUACAAGAGCAUGGUGCUAAUAUUAAAAUGAUUCAUGCAGGGAUACUGUUAAAAGUCAUUGAUUAAAAAUUGGUAAGCCAGCAGUUUUGUCACUUACGAUACGAUAUACUUUAUUGUUCCCUUAGGGAAAUUUGUCUUGUAUUUCAAGAGCUGCACAGAUGAAGCUGCCAACUGAUGACACAAAGUAUUAGACCUAACAUAAAAACAGGCACACAACCCAUGCAUAUUGCACAUACACACAUUGCGCAUACACAUUUUGCAAAAGAAUCCCACAGAAAUGGUCAAAAGAAACACACAGACAAUAAACAACAAUGGCAGAGAACAAGACACAGCAAGGUGAGACUUGAAGGUGGGGUAGGCAGGAACCUAUUAAAGAAGCAUCUUUUUUGUGGUGUUUAUACAAAAAAGCUUUAAAUAUCAGUCAAUAGCUAUUAGUUAUUGUCUGUGUAGUCAACAUUUCAAAAUUUUUGAGUGGCCUGCUCUUUCUGGCUGUAAACAAAGCCGUUUCCUGCCUCCCCCGACCUGAUUGGUUGUGAGGCAGACGCUGCUCCUUAGUGAUUCAAAUGAUGCACUUGAACUGAGAGGUCGCUGCAAGUCUGGUCUCUACGUAUUAUCUGUAAUUUUUGCUGGAUUUUUUUUAUAUUUUUGUUGUCAUUUUGUUGGCUGCUGAUGAAUACUUAUGCUAGGCGAAGAGUUUACUCAAGAGAAGAGCUCCUUUCAUUGAGGAAAAGCACAUCUGGACAACAACAUACAAUUCCAGAGGACAGCCGGAGGUGUUAUCGUGGUUGCCGUGCAGGUGCAAAGGUGAAGGCAAAGCUGAAUGCUAGGAGGUGGCGAUAUAAACCCUUUCUUCCAUCAAUCAUCAUGGGAAAUGCCAACUAUCUGCCCAACAAAAGCAAUGAGCUGGAGAUAUAGGUGAAGACUAAGAAAGCAUACUGUGAGUGCAGUCUCCUGUGUUUUACCGAAACCUGGUUGAAUCAGAACAACUCGAACUCCGGUGUGGAUCUACCUGGCUUCACUCUUAUAAGGCAGACAGAGAUGCUCAAGCUAGUGGCAAGAAGAAAGGAGGAGAUCUGGCUUUAUUUGUCAACCAGAAAUAGUGUAACCCUUCACACAUAACUGUCAAGGAGAAGUUGUGUUGUCCAGAUAUUGAACUGUUGGCAGUUCCUCUUCAGCCAUAUUAUGUUCCAAGAGAAUUUAGUCAUAUCAUAACAAUAGUUGUUUACAUUUCACCCAAAUCAACUGAAGAAAUUCCAAAGUAGUGUUGCCAGGCUACAGACUCAACACCCAGAGGCACUAAUAAUAAUAUCAGGAGAUUUCAACCAUGUCACCCUCUCCUCUCACCUGACUGGAUUCACACAGUUUGUGAACUGUCCUACCAGAGAAAACAAAACCAGGGAUCUGCUGUAUGCCAACGUCAAAGAAGCCUACAGAGCCACUGCCUUACCACCACUGGGCAAGUCAGAUCAUAACUUGGUCUAUCUGCAAACCUGUUACAGACCUUGUGUACUGAGGCAGCCUGUGACCAAAGUCAAAAUCAGAAGAUGGACACCUCAAGCCAGUGAAGCUCUAAGGGACUGUUUUAAAUCAACAGACUGAAAUGUGCUACUGGACACAGAUGUGGAUAGUAUGAACAUUGACAAACAAGUUGACUGCUUUACUGAAUACAUCAACUUCUGUAGAGACACAGUUAUACCCACAAAGACUGUUCGCUGUUUCCCCAACAACAAACCUUGGAUCACAAGUGACAUAAAAGCAAUCCUUAACCAGAAAAAGAAAGCUUUUAAAGAUGGUGACAAAGAACGACUCAAACAAGUGCAACAAGAGUUGAAGAGGAGACUGAAGAUGGCAAAGCUGGAGUACAAAAAGAAGAUGGAAAAGAAUCUACAACACAGCAACAUCCGUGAAGUGUGGAGAGGAAUCAGUAACAUCUCUGGACACAGCAAUAAAAACAAAAGACAGCCAGUGGUGGGUGAUUUGGAAAAGGCUGAUGAACUCAACCUGUUCUUCAACAGAUUUGACACUGCUGUCACACCCACUCCCACUGCUACUCCAUCUUCCUCUCCUCAACAAAUCUCCACUACAACUUCUCCCCUUCCUCCUCCAUCUCAUUCAAAUGUCUCAACCACUUCAACUGCCUCCCUCCUAGAACACCAGUCCUUGUCUGUCACCCAAAAAGGGGUGAGGAUGGAGCUUGGAAGACUUUGUCCUGGGAAGGCAGCUGGUCCAGAUGGUGUGUCCCCAAGGCUGCUCUGUGCUGCAGAGCUGUGCCAACCUCUCCACAGGAUCUUCAACUUGAGUCUACAGCUGGGGUGGAUACCUACUCUGUGGAAAACAUCCUGCAUUGUGCCAGUACCAAAAAUAAAUGUCCAGCUGAACUAAAUGACUACAGACCAGUGGCCCUCACUUCACACAUCAUGAAAACCCUGGAACGUUAAUUCUACGCUUUCUGAGGUCUGAGGUCAAAGACAAACUCGAUUCCCUGCAGUUUGCAUACAAAGAACACAUUGGAGUGGAUGAUGCUGUCCUCUAAGUGCUUCACUGUGCCUUGUGUAAUCUGGAGGAACCUGGGGUUUAUGUGAGGAUCAUGUUCUUUGACUUUUCAAGUGCAUUGAACACCAAGGGUUCUCAACCUUUUGCUAGCCGGGCCCCCCCAAAAGUGGUUGGAAUGCAGUUGGACCCCCCCACCCCCCAAACGACGCUAAUGAGAGACCUGAGCCUGGUUUGCCUGGCAAAGAUCCUCAAUUCUUGGUGCAGUGUUUAAUGAACACAGCCACUCCGGAAGAGAGGCUGAAACCUUUGGUAACAUACAGAUGAUUCUUACUGCAUGCAGCAGCGAUCAGAUGUAAACAUCGGUAUUAAGUGUAAUAAACUUCAUCACCAGAGUCUCCACUGUUUAAUGGAAAUCUGAUAUAAAAUAACGGAGGAAAAGUUUCUUACCUUCACUCUGGUGUCUAAAACAGUCAGCAUUAUCAGUCAUCCAGCUCCAACAGGUUAAAAAUCCGUCCCAAUUUGAGUGUAACGUUCCCAUUUACAUCCCGUUUGAAUCCCAUUUACAACCUUGUUGUCAGCGUCUCAUCCAUUCACGUGAAAAAAUAAAGUUUUUAGCACUGUUUCUGGUCAGCUGGCUCAGUUGUUUAUUUCCUGGUCCUCUUCCACAGGGACACAGAACGCGUCUCGGUCCCGACGCGGUGAGUUAGUCACGGCCUGUCUGGACCUGUGGUCUUGACUAGGUACCAAUUCCAGUGAUGCUCCUGCUGUUUUGGCCUCUAUCAGGACACCUGAAGUUUAAGCUAAAUCUUUUUUUACAUGAUGCAAUUGAAUGAAACAUGCUGACCGCGAGAAACAGGAUGUGAAUAAUAUCAGUGGAUUGUUAAACUGCUGGAGCUGGAUGACAGCUAAUGCUGACUAGUUUAGACUCCAGAGUGAAGGUAAGAAAUAUUUCCUUAAGGUCUCUGUUAAAGAGUGGUGUGGGGUAAUGAGCUGCGGUGAAAGCUGUUGCUUGGUGAACACAGGUGAGUCUGUGUGGAUGAGAGUAGACAGGUGUGUUAAUGAGGGAGACUCUGGUGAUGAAGUUUAUACAGUUAAUAUCAACGUUUACUUCAGAUCGCUGCUCUGUGUGUGUGUGUGUGUGUGUGUGUGUGUGUGCGUGCGUGCGAGUGUGUAAUGUUGUGAAGGAUCCUCAGUGUGUGAGCCUCUCUCCCUGUAGAGACUGAUCAUGGUUUGACCUGCUUACUUGGUUGUUUGAGUGGCUGGGGCAAAAUAGUAGGAAACUUUUAUUGACACUUGCCAUGCUGUGCAUGCAGCUUCUUGAUGAGGUCGGCUGUAAAUUGGUCUAUUUCCGACCACCUGGGACUGUGCCACAUCUCCUUUGUACUAGUAGCCGGUGAGCCCCCCCAGCCUCCUGUCCUGUGCUUACGCCCCUCCGGGAGGGUGUUCCCCCCGGUUGAGAACCACUGUUCAACACCAUCCAACCAACCAUACUCAAAGACAAGCUCACAGAGAUGAGAGUGGAUCCUUUCUGUGUUUCCUGAAUCGCAGAUUACCUGACAGGAAGGCCACAGUUUGUCAGGCUGGGGAACUGUGUUUCUGGGACAUUAAUGAGCAGUACAGGGUCUCCACAAGGGACAGUGCUGGCGCCAUUCCUGUUCACACUGUAUACGUCAGACUUCAAAUACAGCACUGAGUCCUGCCACGUCCAGAAAUACUCAGAUGACACAGCUAUUGUGGCAUGUAUCAGAAAUGGACAAAAAGCUGAAUAUAGAAAUGAAUGAACAAGAGGCUGAGUACAGAGAUCUGAUAAGAGCCUUCAGUGACUGGAGUCACAAAAACUGCCUCCUCCUCAACACGUCAAAGACAAAGGAGAUGGUCAUAGACUUCUGCAGAUCCAAACCCCCUCUUCAGCCAGUGAACACAUUUAUGAGUGGACAUCGAAGUGGUGCCAUCAUAUAAAUACUUAGGUGUACAUCUGGACAAUAUGUUGGACUUGUCUAAGAAUAUAGACUUUAUCUACGGAAAGGGGUAAAGCCGCCUUUUUUGCCUGAGAAGACUCCGAUCAAUAGACAUCUGUAGUCAGAUGCUGCAGAUGUCUUAUCAGUCUGUGGUGGCAAAUGUUCUGCUGGGGAGGAAGUAUCAAACACAAAGAUGCAAGACAUCUUAACAAACUGGUGAAAAAGGCUGGCUCUGUGAUUGGACUCAAACUGGACUCAGUGGAGGAUGUGGUGGAGAGAUCUACACUGAAGAAGGUGGAGACUAUUCUAAAGAACAUGGAUCACCCACUUCACAACACCUUGAUGGACCAAAGGGCCAAUGGUGGUGGACGGCUCCUCUCUCUUCGCUGCAGGACAGAAAGAUUCAGAAGAUCUUUUGUACCAACAGCAAUCAGACUUUAUAACUGUUGUGGAAAUAGUAGAUAACUUUAAGAGACAUAUUAUGUGAGACAACAGACAAUUGAAUUUCCCUUUGGGGAUGAAUAAAGUUCUUCUUAUUCUUUGUGCUGAUUGGUUGUGAGGCAGAUGCUGCUUCCCUGUGACCUUCACGAGCCCAAACAAAGUUAGUGUGCUACAUUGGACAGUAGAAACCAACCAGAAAGUACGGAAAAUUGUCUGAAUCCUCCUUUGACCAUGACUGCCAACACAAGCAAGAAAACAAAGAGACUCUGGCAGAAUAAUGGGGGCUUAAAAAGGAGAUAGACCGGACAAGAGCGAUAAAACUGGGUCAACAUCAAUGGAGCACAAAUGCUUCAGGGACGCUUCAGGAUCUUACGGAUCCUGUAACCUUUCUGCUGGACAGGCAAACCGCUUUAACAAAGUAAGCCAAGUGUCUUUCAAGUAGUGUUUCUUGUCAAACAGGACCUGCCGCAUAUUGUAGCGCUGCUAAACUGUUGACCUCGGGUCCUGAAGUAUGUCACUUUAUCCUAGUUGUAGAAGUCCUGCAAACAUUGUGUUUGCUGGUAGUCUGUUGGCAUCAACAGUAGCACCAAUGCUUUUUACUUUCACGUUGACUGGGCCCCAUUUGUAAUUCUCUGAAGUAUUCAUCUGCAUUAUAUCUGAAUUUAAUUUGAAUGAUAUGAGCGAGCAGGAGCGUCUGUUUGUGGGCUGGGCUGGCUGGAACAGAGAGGGAAGGGAGAGGAGGAGCUGAGGGGAAAAUUGGUUGGAAGGGGUAGUGUUUACAUUCAAGAUUUCCACUGAAGAAGCAGGAAUAAUCUGGCACACAGCAGUCAGAGAGCAGAGUUUAAGAGCAGGUGGUGAUUAGGUUGAUCCGGUGCAGGUGUGAAGGUGAAGGAGGAGCUUCAGCUGACGAGGAGCUGCCCAACCUCUGUAAGGGGAAAAGGGAGACUCCACAAACACAAAAAAGACUCCAUGUUGUCCUCAAAUGAUAAAACCAGUGUAAUCAUGACAAAUUUACUAGAUGGGUAUAAAUCUUUCAUUAUUUUAUCAUGUAUUUCUUUUGUUUUGGGUGAAACUGGAUAUCUAAAGAAUUUCACUCUCAAUAUAGAAACUGUAAGUGGAACAAAUAUACUCUUGAUUUUUUUUUUCUGUUGGCUUGAGCAGGAUAUUGAUCGUGUGUUAAGAUUGAUGUCAUGAAUAUGUUUGAACAUUGUUGUCAUAAGAUAAUACACUCACCGGCCACUUUAUUAGGUACACCAUGCUAGUAACGGGUUGGACCCCCUUUUGCCUUCAGAACUGCCUCAAUUCUUCAUGGCAUAGAUUCAACAAGGUGCUGGAAGCAUUCCUCAGAGAGCUUGGUCCAUAUUGACAUGAUGGCAUCACACAGUUGCCGCAGAUUUGUCGGCUGCACAUCCAUGAUGCAAAUCUCCCGUUCCACCACAUCCCAAAGAUGCUCUAUUGGAUUGAGAUCUGGUGACUGUGGAGGCCAUUUGAGUACAGUGAACUCAUUGUCAUGUUCAAGAAACCAGUCUGAGAUGAUUCCAGCUUUAUGACAUGGCGCAUUAUCCUGCUGAAAGUAGCCAUCAGAAGUUGGGUACAUUGUGGUCAUAAAGGGAUGGACAUGGUCAGCAACAAUACUCAGGUAGGCUGUGGCGUUGCAACGAUUCUCAAUUGGUACCAAGGGGCCCAAAGAGUGCCAAGAAAAUAUUCCCCACACCAUGACACCACCACCACCAGCCUGAACCGUUGAUACAAGGCAGGAUGGAUCCAUGCUUUCAUGAUGUUGACACCAAAUUCUGACCCUACCAUCCGAAUGUCGCAGCAGAAAUCGAGACUCAUCAGACCAGGCAACGUUUUUCCAAUCUUCUAUUGUCCAAUUUCGAUGAGCUUGUGCAAAUUGUAGCCUCAGUUUCCUGUUCUUAGCUGAAAGGAGUGGCACCCGGCGUGGUCUUCUGCUGCUGUAGCCCAUCUGCCUCAAAGUUCGACGUACUGUGCGUUCAGAGAUGCUCUUCUGCCUACCUUGGUUGUAACGGGUGGUUAUUUGAGUCACUGUUGCCUUUCUAUCAGCUCGAACCAGUCUGGCCAUUCUCCUCUGACCUCUGGCAUCAACAAGGCAUUUCCGCCCACAGAACUGCCGCUCACUGGAUAUUUUUUCUUUUUCGGACCAUUCUCUGUAAACCCUAGAGAUGGUUGUGCGUGAAAAUCCCAGUAGAUCAGCAGUUUCUGAAAUAUUCAGACCAGCCCUUCUGGCACCAACAACCAUGCCACGUUCAAAGUCACUCAAAUCACCUCUCUUCCCCAUACUGAUGCUCGGUUUGAACUGCAGGAGAUUGUCUUGACCAUGUCUACAUGCCUAAAUGCACUAAGUUGCCGCCAUGUGAUUGGCUGAUUAGAAAUUAAGUGUUAACGAGCAGUUGGACAGGUGUACCUAAUAAAGUGGCCGGUGAGUGUAUAUCUCCAUUUACAUCUAAAAGGUCCAUUAUGCACCAGAUGUUCUUGUCCAUCCAUUCUCUAUAGAACAUAAUUCACCUUUUUGAAGAAUAUAUGUUAUUCCACAACAGAGUACUGUGAGGUGUAAAGUUGUGCUUGUAAAGCAAUUUCCAACAAAGAAGAACCUGCUGUUGAUAUUUUGCCAACUUAAUUGGUAGUUUGCAUAUGUUGUAAUCACAUUUUAAGACAAAUUCUAUACCACCCAUCUUAUCAAAUAUACGUUGGGGAAAUAUGUGCCAUAUACUGCCCAGGGAUUGUAUAUACUGUUUUAGCCGAUUCAAUUUUCAAGUUGUAUUCAUACAUUCAAGGUCUAGCGCCUUUAAUCCCCCUUCAGAGAGAUCUUGGACUGUGAUUGCUUUUUUGAUAUAGUGAGUUUGGUUCUUCCACAUAAAAAUAAAAUUAAUUUGGUUUAUCGUCUUAACAAAAUCUGGACAGAGUGCUGGAGAGGAUGCAGGAUGAAUACCUCUAGAGAUGCUUUCCAUUUUGUUGAGAUAAGUUCUACCAAAAAUCGAUAAGUCUCUCUGUAUCCAAAUAUUAAGUUUCUGCUUACAUUCAUGUAGUUUGUUGGUCAAGUUAAGUAAGAUUAAUUCAUUUUGGCUUUUUGUCACAUAAAUACCAAUAUAUUUUACCACGACUUUAACAGGUAUAUCACAAAUGGCAUUUUGAGCAUUUUCAUGAAUGGGUCGUAAUUCAAAUUUCUGGAUAUUAAGGAAUAGUACAGAGGCUCUUGAAAAUACUUCAGUGUUGUGUAUGGCAACUGGAAUCUGAUGUUCAUCCUUUAACAGCAGGGUUUUGUCAUCUGCAAACCGACUUAUUGUAAGUUCUGUUACAAAUACAUUGAUUUUUUUCAGCGUUUCACAGUUUUUUAUCAUUAUAGCUAGCUUUUCUGCAGUUGAUACAAAUAGUCCUGGGCUUGCUGGACAGCCUUGCUGAAUUCCCUUCUGUAUAUCAAACCGGGGUGAUGUCCAAUGAGGUAGGGAAACACAGCUGUUGAUGUCCUUGUAAAAACACUCAAUGACUUUUAUAAAACAGUCCCCAAAUCUAAAUGCCUUUAAGGUGUGAAUCAUGAAAGGAUGUUCAGUUGUGUCGAAGACUUUUCUGAAGUCAAGAAAUAAGAUGAAGCCUUUAUCCUCAGUCAUGUCACUAUAAUCUAGUGUAUCAAGGAUAAGUUGGAUAUUAUUAUGGAUAGAUAUGUCAUUUAGGAAACCUGACUAUGUUUCAUUACUAACUUGGGAUAUUCCUUCUUUAAGACGGCUUGUGUAUAUAUGUGCUAAUGAUUUAUAGUCAUUAAUUAGCAAUGCGAUAGUUCUUAGAUUGUCUGUGAUUUGGGGAUUUUUAUUAGGCUUCAGGAUUAAAAUUAUAACCCCCUGCUUCAUACUUGUGGGAAGAUUGUGUUUACUGAGAGCUUCAACUAAAACUCUGUCUAAAAAUCCUCUAAUUAUGCCCCAGAAGUGUCUGUAAAAAUUGUCUGUCAAACCAUCAGAGCCUGAGGAUUUGUCCAAAUGUAGACAAUGUAGCGCGUUAUCUAAUUUAUCAAUUGUUAUUGCUGCAUCACAAAAAUGUUUAUAAUCUUGGUUAAUUGUGGGGAUUUUAUCUAGUCAGCAAAUACAAAGGGUCAUUAAAGGUGUGUCUGCCAAGGCUCUGAUGUUCCAGCAGUAUUCCUCAUCAUUCAGUAAAUUAGAGUUGGAUUUCCAAAAACCUCUGUUUAUUUUACUAUUGAUAUUAGGUUUCAGCUCCAAAUGUAUUACACUGUGGUCUGUUAGAGGAGCAGUAUACAUUGAUAUUUUAGAAACAUGCUGUGAUAAACUAUAUUCAAGUAACCAAUAAUCAAUUCUGGAUUUACAUGUUCUGUCAGGUUUAAACCAAGAGCACUGUAAAAACUCAGGGUUCUUGACCCUAACAUUAGUGUGUUACAAAAGUCCCUGACUGUGUUGUUAAAGUGAUAAGUGUUAAAUCUUGAUGGAUAUCUAUCCCUCCAGUCAUCUGGGGUCAUAUUAAAGUUGCCUCCAACAAGGAUAUACUCAGUAGGAUAUACCCUACAGGCCAAAAGUUUGGAAGCAAGAUCACAUUUGUACAAAAAAAGACCAUAGUUUCAUUAAUAUAAUUUGCAACACAAUAAACAUGACUAUUGUGUAAAGAGUAACUUAUAAGAAGACACUUUGACCUUAACUAUUAGGUAUUUGAGUUAUUGUUGCUUAGACUUUGCUUUCUUUAAAGUAACCUCCUCUGGCUUUAACAACAGCUUGGCAUAUACGAGGCAUUCGUUCCACAAGUUUUUUAAGGUAUGUUCCAGGGAUUGCAUUUCAAGCUUUCUUAAAUUCAUUAAAAGGAGACUGCUGAUUCGUGGGACGCGUUUUUCUGACUGAUAGAUCCAAUUCAUCCAACACAAGCUCUAUUGGAGAAAGGUCAGGAGACUGAGGGGGCCAAACCAUCUUUUGAAGAACGCCGUCCUCUUCUUUUUUGUCUAGGUAACCCUGACAGAGCUUGACAGAAUACUUACGGUUAUUGUCAUGCUGCAAAACAACUUAUGACCCACAUGUCUGAGUCCAGAUGGAACAGCAUUGUGCUGGAGGAUGGAGUUGUACUGUUCCUUCUUCAUGAUACCCUUUACUUAAAAAAAAUCUCCUACUCCAUCACCUGCAAAACAUCCCCAUACCAUGGAACUACCACCUCCUUGCUUAAUUGUGGGUGUAACACAUGGUGCUUUCAGACGUUCACCAGUUUGUCUGCAGACAUAGACUCUGCGUUUUGAACCAAACAGUUCAAACUUGCUUUCAUCAGUCCAGAGAACUUGUUUCUAGUCAUCAUAGGUCAAAUUUUUGUGAGCUUUUGCCCACUCAUAUCUCUUUUUCUUAUUUUGUGGACGAAGUAGUGUUUUUUUGCAGAUACACAACCCUUCAGACCAGCCUUUCUCAAACGUCUUUUCACAGUUGUUAGAGAUAUGGGUUUCGACCUUGUCAUGUUGAUUUCCUCCCUUAUUUUUGGUGCUGUCUUUUGCCUCUCUUACUCUCUCUUACUGGUGACAAUUAUAUGUUUAUCCUCUGCUUUUGUAGUAACUCUCUUUCAUCCAGGCCUUUUUAUAUCACCAUAACCUCCAGGUUCCUCUAGUCUCUUCAGAGUGUAGUGGACUCCUUUGUUAGACACCAUUAGGCGUUUUGCAAUUUCUCUUUCUGUGUAUCCUUCUUUCCUCAAUGUACGAAUCUGUACUUUUGUUUCUUUACUCAGUUGCUUCUUUCUAGCCAUUUCUGCAGUAGUUUGAUGCAGUUGAGAUUUAUUAGGAUUUUUGUAUGCAGACUCUCAAAAGCCAAAAAGUUGAAGUGAAUAAUCCAAUUGUGAUUUGUUUUUUUGCUUUUGCACUGAAGUUGUGACUCUUGCAAAUGUUCUCGACCCUAAAACUAAGCCCUAAUUUUCUUUUGCUGACAUAUAUUUAGCAAUGGUCUGUUAACAUCAAUGUUUAUCUAAAGGUAAAUGGAGUAAAAUGGUGCAUUUCCAUGAAAGCAUCAUCUGAUCAUGGAGUAAAUACAUCCCAAAAUACGUACAACUCAUGCUGGACUAAAAAAAAAGCAUUGUGGACAAAAACUUGAAGUUACUCCCAACUGUUCAGCCUGUAAUGGCCUUGCUUCCAAACUUUUGGCCUGUAGUGUAUACUCUUCAAGUUCUCAAUUGCUGUGCAAAUAGUUGUCAUUAAAUCCUUGUUCUGGGAACUUAUGUUGCAGAUGAUAAAAGAGUCAUUUUCUAUAUUCAUGACUAACGCUAUCCAAUGGCCAUUUAUAUCUGCUUGGUAAGAUAUGACUUAUCCUGGGCCGUUGUUAAAUAAAAUAGCAACUCCACUAGAGUGAGAGGAACCAUGGCUGAAUAUAAUUUUAUCCCCCCAUUGAUUAGACCAGAAUUUCUUAUCGUUUUUUUCAGAGUGGGUUUAUUUAAAAAAAAGAAAAAGCAGUGUCCCUUAGUAAAAAAUUUUAGUCAAACUUUUUGAAGAGGUUUUUUUUUUCUAAAUCAUCAACAACAAUCUAAAUAAACCCAACUAUUGCAUGAACCGUUUAAAUGAUUAACCACUGUGUGCUAUGCCGUGGUAUUAAAUAAAACGUUACCACCUUUGGCUUUAAAUGCCAUGAAAAGAACAUCAUAGUCUGAACAAUUAACAGGCGUUUGUAAUACAAAGUGCCCUGAAAAUAAACUCUGGCCAAGCAAUCACUAGUAAUGCAGUCUAGUAUUACCAGAGUUGAUUAGAUAUGCACUAUGACCUGAUAGGUUUUUACCUACAGCAUUAGAAUUGGGCGGUUAUUGAUGAACCAAUGGGGCCUCGGAAAAGGGCUGGCUGAGGUUAGACUUUUCACAGCUUUAAAAAUGACAGUGUUUGAUACCUCAUCUUCACAGUCCGGGGGAGGAGAGUCAUCAUUUGCUUUUCUUCUUCUGUUCGGCCCUGCAAUAUUUGUAGGCUUUUUGCUGUUCCUUUUGAUGGUGGGCAGUAGUUCAGAUCCUGCCUACCCCACCUUUAACUUUAAUUCCUUCAGAAUUGGGAUUCAAAGAGUAUCCAUUUUGCCCCAGACAUUAGAUAAAUGUGUUUAGAACAUAGUCUACUCCAGGAUGGAUUCCUCAUCAAGAGAAAUACUUUGCUUUUGAUACAUCAACAUGUUUAAUUUAUUGUUGUAUUUAUAUUAAAUUAAUACUGUUUUCAGAUUGUGAGAGAGUACACUUUUCUGGAUUACAUAAUGGGUGGCUGCCAGAUUAACUUCACUGUGAGUAAAAGAAAUCUGUGUUCAUCCCACUUCUCUCUUUUACUAUCCAGGAAACAUAUAGUGUGCUGGUAUUAAAGCUUUAUCUCAUAUUCUCUGCAUUUUCCUGUUCUCUUCCCUUUAAACCAGAUUGCUAUUGAUUUUACUGGCUCUAAUGGGGAUCCCAGAACCCCUCAGUCCCUCCAUUACAUCAACCCCAAUGGCUACAAUGAAUACCUGGCAGCUAUCUGGAGUGUGGGUAAUGUCAUCCAAGACUAUGACAGGUACAGAGCUUUUUAUGGUAUUUGUCCUCUAACGGUAAAUUACCCUAGCUCUAGGCCCCCCAUUUGGAUUUUAAGUCUUAUCUUAUUUUAUUAGUUUUCUGCUUUCUUUGUUUGAUUAUCUCCCGUCUGUAGUGACAAGAUGUUUCCUGCAUUUGGAUUUGGUGCCCAGAUCCCUCCUACGAUGCAGGUAACCCUUUACAUUUGUUGAAUCCCAUUUUAUUUGUGAAUUCCAUUCAGUCUGUUAUCAUUACAAUGGGUUCCAGAGUGAUAGCGGUUUGUGUUGCAGGUCUCCCAUGAGUUCCCCAUCAACUUCAACCCAUCAAACCCAUUUUGUGCAGGUAAUUUAAGACUCAACUUAAAGUCAUUUUUAACUUUUGCCUGUUGGCAUGAAGGUUGUUUGGCAAAACUUGGAUCCGUUGAAGUUUUAAAGUUUGCAGAUCAGCUGCUGUGAAGGUCUUUGGCAUUUCACAGGUUGAAAUUUGAUGCAGUCUGACAUGACAUUAGAAUCAUUUGUCUUCUUGGACAGUUUGGGCCAGAAAGCAAACAUGCAAUUUCUGCAACAUUUUUUUCACUGUCAGCCGUUCACUUCGUUUUAUUCACCUUAUGUCAUGCACAGGGUCUGAAAUUAACACCCACCAAGCGCCAGUUGCAGGUAGAUUUUCUGUUUCAUUUCUUUUAAUUUUCAGAGGGCUAUGAGCAAUAUGGCAGGUGAAGUCUGCACCACAAUAUGUUUGUGAUUAAAACUAUGCUAAGUUUUAAUGUAUUUUAGCGUCACCAAAGCUUCUGUAACCUGCCUGCUGUAGGAGCUUCCCUUGAGUUGGCUGGUGCGCGCAAACAUAAUGUAUUACUGUUUAAUGCAAUGCGCACAAACCACUUACGAGCUGCAGCUCACCACUUUUUACCGUAUGAGAUAUCCCGUAUGCUGCUGCUGAAAUUGUGCACAAUCAAGACUUUAAGGUUAGUCAGUUAGCAGUUUGUGGGCUGCCUCUGGCUUUUCCUUCAGAUAAAUAUCAAAUAGGCUGGAUAUAUAUAUAUAUAUUUUUUUUUUUUUCACCCCUUGACGUGCACUUUACUGUCCCUGUUCACCGUAACAGACACACACUUUGCAGAACCCUCCUUAACUCUUUGACUGUUUUUGGAACUCUCUAGAGAUGCACCGAUUAAUCGGCCGCCGAUUUAAAAAGCCGGUUUUAUAUCCAACCGGCCCCAACCGGUGACCGGCCGGUCACUGUCGUAAUUUGCCGGUUUUCCCCGAGCAAACUGACCCGCAUGCGCGGUGCGUAUCAGCUCCGAGCAAAACUGCUAAAAAUUAGCAAGACUCAGGACGAAAACAUGUCGGUGAUUUGACACUGUGUGCCAGAGCGACCCAAAACACGCAGUUUGUAAUGCUUGCAAGUCAAAAGUCAGCCGUGGAGGAUCAACGCCUAAGACAUUUGGAACAACAAACUUAAUACGCCACUUGGAAAAGAAGCACCCAGGCUUGUUUAGCAAAUAUAUACACUGCCGCUAAGAGGAGGGAUGCAGCAGAGUCGCAGCGACCACAACAACCCUCCGCCGUGGCUCCUAUGUUCGACAUCAGCACUGAAAAGUCCAAAGCCACCACUAGGAAAAUAAUGGAGUUCGUGGCACUGGAGGACCAGCCGUUUAGCGUAGUACAGGAUAAAGGCUUCGUAAAUCUGAUGAAACACCCUACUUGGUAAUUUGUACCGUGGACUCAGGUGUUUCGUCAGAUUUUCGAAGCCUUUAUCCUGUACUACGCUAAACGGCUGGUCCUCCAGUGCCACGAACUCCAUUAUUUUCCUAGUGGUGGCUUUGGACUUUUCAGUGCUGAUGUCGAACAUAGGAGCCACGGAGGAGGGUUGUUGUGGUCGCUGCGACUCUUCUGCAUCCCUCCUCUUAGCGGCAGUGUAUUCCUUAUAUUUGCUAAACAAGCCUGGGUGCUUCUUUUCCAAGUGGCGUAUUAAGUUUGUUGUUCCAAAUGUCUUAGGCGUUGAUUGGUACAAACUACCAAGUAGGCGGUACUUUUCUGACACAGUGCUGCCAGAGUCGUUUGAGAGAGGUACUGGAGGGGUAGUCAAUAAAUUACAUUGUACCAGGCAAAUGCUGGGACGUUUUUGAAUGCUGUUUGAAUGUAAGUUAGUUAUUGACCUGUAAACUGGACUGAAUGUUAUGGUCAGUGUUGAAAAUAAAUCUGCUCAGGAGGCACUGUUGAAACUCUCACUCUAUUUCUUAUUUGUGAGGUUUUAUUCUUGAAAAGGGGCGUUAUGAUAGCAUAUAGCCUACCAUUAGUUGUGCUUUUAAUUGCAGUUAAGCAAAAUGUUGUCUGGGAGAGGGGUACUUAAAUUAAAAUUGGGAAAGGGUACUCAAGCCAAACAAAUAUGGUGUCUAUUAUAUGAUUAUAAUUAUUUCUUAGAUAGAAAAUCGGUAUCGGAAAAACCGGUUUUGGCAGGUCAGAUCUCCUUUAAAACCGGAAAUCGGUAUCGGCCAAGAAUAUUGCAAUCGGUGCAUCUCUAGAACUCUCUCUACUUUUGGCAUUGUUUGAUAAUUGCAGCCGGGUGUUUGGGAUGUGAUGUGAUUAUUUCUUUCUUUGAAAGUAAUCAAAACAGUCAUCUUUUUUGUCUUUCAGGCUGAUUAUGUCCCCCUCCCUCAAAAAAGCACCUGAUCGCAAUAUAGCUUUUGCACGUGUUCUUGACCCAGUGCAGCACUCAACUUUCUUUUAACUUAUGAUUAUAUUGCUUGUUUCAGUUGUUAACUAGCAGAAAAAUGUUUGCAGUAGACAACAACAGUUUUGAUAAUGAUGUAAUUUUUUCAGGUAUAGAGGGAGUGGUCCAUGCCUACCAGCAGUGUUUGCCACAGGUAAAGCUUUACGGUCCCACAAACUUCUCCCCCAUCAUCAACCAUGUUGCCUGUUUCGGCAGACAGGCCAUCCAACAGGAGACUGCCUCUGUGAGUGAUCCUGAUGUCCAAAAUCAAUCAAAGUAGCAUGAUUGUACCUGCUGUGUGUAAAUGUUUGUUAAUCACAGUUUCAGUUGUCACUGGAAAAAUCAAACGAUCUGCUGAAGCAUAAAGGGAAGCAUCAUAGCUCAAAUGCUUUUAGGUAGGGCAAGUGUUUUUUUCACUGUAUCAACUGCUUACAACAAGGGAGGGGGCAGCAGGUUACGCCAAAUGAACAAAAAAUAAAAAACUAAUUUUAGGCUGAUAUCACUGCCCUGAAAACUCUACCUUGACUGAAUCAAGAAGGUAAAUAAGGUAAAUCUGUCUAAACUAACCUGACUUACCUUACAAACAUGAAAACAGCAGUGGACAUAAACUACUAAAAAAAAAAGACAAAAAAACUACUCUGUCAACACCAGUAUAAAAGGUUAAGCUUAGUGUCUAUAACAACCCCAAUAAACUUAACUAGUAUCUCAAAAUGGAUGAGCUGAGUUGGUUUCAAACUGAAGCUGGAGAGCAAAACUGCAAGCAGAAGAUGGGUGGAGGAUUUCUUGAGACGAGUGUUGUUUAGUUUCUCUUGUGUUUAAUAUUUCACAGCAAUACUUUGUGCUGCUGAUCAUCACUGAUGGAGUGAUCACAGACAUGGAUGAGACCCGCAGUGCCAUCGUCAACGCCUCUCGUCUGCCCAUGUCCAUCAUCAUCGUUGGGGUUGGGGGAGCAGACUUCAGCGCCAUGGAGUUCCUGGAUGGAGACGAUGGGAUCUUACGCUCAGCGACAGGAGAAUCAGCCAUGAGAGAUAUUGUGCAGUUUGUUCCUUUCAGGCAGUUCCAGAAUGUAAGCUACCAGCUACAGCCUAGCCGCUGCAGGCAUGCAGCUCCUGACUUUGUCUGUAACCCUGAAAUCAUGCACACAUUUAAAUGUCUUAUUGCACGUCUUAUUUCAGGCAGGCACUGCUGCCCUUGCUCAAAGUGUUCUGGCAGAGUUGCCUGACCAAGUGGCCUCCUUCUUCAAUUUAUUUCAACUGAAGCCCCCUGAGCCCAGUCCCUCCUAGAAAUGUAGGACCACCUCCUGACUCGCUGACCCUAAUCCAAAGCUGCAUGAGCAGAAGUUGCUUUUUGGGCUGUAUAUCCUUUUGCUCUGUCAUACUGUAUGUUCAGUAAGGAUUUAGACACAAUCCGCAUAGAAGAACUGCCACACUUCACAGUUUAAACAAGGAAUAAUCAUUUGCUUGAUUGUUUUACAUUGAGGGACAGAAAGUUCCUCAGAGGUAGUUUCUGUCCGAAACAAAGUGCUGCACAUACUAUGCUCUGAAAUUGGGUAUGUUUUAAAGCUUUGAAUGUCUGGGGGACAAUCUGACAUGCAAGACAGACUAACACAUGUCCAUGCCAUAAGAAAUGCAGGAGCAGUUCAAAAAUCCUUAAUCCCAUCAACUAUUUCAGGUCCUUCACAUUUCUUGUGCUGCAGCUGUAUUUCACACACACGCACAACACUCCUUGGAUAGUGUUUGUGAAAAAAAUAUAUGCAUAAUAAGGACCCUCUCCAGAAUACCAAUAAAACAUUUAUGGAAGCAAAUGGGAAAAGUGUUAACAAAUGGCUGAAGAACUUAAUUCUGUGUAAAAAUAACUCAGUUUUGCAAGUUGUGCUUUUAUUUGCUUGGGAGAGCAGAGGGUUUGCUGUUUUUCAUUGCUGGCAAGAAGAAGAGAAAGAAACAAAUGCAGAGUUAAAAGAUAAAACAUACAUCAGAGAGAAACUUUAACUGUGCAUUCACACCAAGUGCAAAUGAAAUAAUUUACUUGCUUCAUUCGUGCGUAUCUCGACACAUGAAUGAAAAGUAUUUCCUUGCUUCAUUUGCACAAAUGACUGGGGGUUUGCCCGAAAAAUAGUGUAUAGUGAUAGUGUCAUCUAGCGACUUCUAGGAUAGCCGCUAGCAACUAUCCUUACUGAGGAGUUGGCAACACUGUUUGCUAGCAUCAUUUAGUCCAUUCGUGCGAUUCGUGCAUCAAGAGAGUGCAUAAAAGCCAUGGAUAGCCACUUAUGCUAAUUUCAACAGUGAUCCUUGCCAAUUCAACUGGCAGGAUCAAGUGAUGGACAAAGGUGUUUCACAAUUUACCAGAUAAUCUGACUUCCUCACUCAUGUCCCCCCAGGAAAGCUCCUCCUUCCUGUUUUUAUUUUAAAAAGCACGUUGUGUCAAACAGCUCCGGGUACCCGCACACUGACGCGAUAAGUUUGUCCUUCAUUUUCCAAACCAGUGAACAUCUUCUAGUCUGUUUUCAUGUGUCACCUGGGAAUCUUCGUGCUGAGUUGUGCUGACGUCUUGCUGAAGUUGAGAUAUUUCAAACUCUCACUGAGGCAAUUUCGCCUUUUUCAUGCAAAUAACUCACUUUUGCCAUUCGCGCUGCCAGAGUAGUACGAGCGUCUAAUCGCGUCUUUGCAUUAACUUUACAUGUUAUUCAUUUGCACAAAUGAUUAUACUCCUCAAUACAAGAAUUUUUAUUUAUCUCCAAAGGGAAUGAAUAUUAAGAAGAAAAAAAAACUCAGGUGACAGCGGGUGGGGGGGGGGGGGGUCACAGCAGGUUGGUAAAAAUUUCAGUCUAUCCGUAUCUCUCAGCACGGUUGUUUGUAAAGUUUUUUCUUUUUUUUUUUUUUUUUACAGUUAAGCUCAUAUGUUUAAAAUUUACCUAGAUAACAGCCAAAUAACUUUUAAAUGUAUGUGCAAAGAACCCCGUGCACAGAUGUGGUUUGUUGUGCAGUGCAGUUUGAGUUUCUUUGAAGUGUCUUUCAAAAUAGAUGUUCUAGGACAUAAUUAACAGACAUAAAACCUAUGGAGGAUACAGCCCACAGUGUUUGAAAUCAGAGUGAUAAUUAAACUUCUAUCCUGAAACAUUCAGUAUAAUCAGAGUCAUGCCAUGAGCGGUUUAAGUCAUUGAAAUCUGAAUAUUUAGCUACCCAAGUGCUGAUUUUAAAUCUAAAUUGACUUCAUGUCAAGCACAUUUGAAAAUCAAAGCUUGUGCCAGACAUUUAUUUAAUAAAUUCGAUAUGAGAACCAUCUGAAGAAAGCAUCCUUGGGUUCAUUUUUGCUUAUUCAUCCUCUAACAAAUGAAGCAAAAAUAGAUUAAAAAAAAAUCAGAUAUAUUAUAAUCUGUGUAAUUGUUGAGUGUUGUCCUUGUCAGCUUUCAGCAGUGUACUGCUAAAAUGCAAGCAGAUCAUAGGAAACAUUCAUACUAAUCAUGACUGAUCUUUAAUCACAUCCAUGUAACACACAGUCGCAUGUGGCUUACAUCCGCUUCUCUUGUUUUGCUGCACGAAUUAAUACCCCUUCCUCCUUUUCAAAUCUUUGUUCAAAUGUUUUUCCCUUGAAUCCUGUCACCCUGUCUCUCCUCCUCAGUGUUCUCGGGAGAGGCUGGCUCAGAGCGUCCUGGCAGAAGUACCCAGUCAGGUGUGGGGUUUCUUCAACACCAUGAAACUGAGGCCGCCAAACAGCAACACUCCUCCAGCAUCUGCACCCCCUGAUAUCUACUAGCAAGCACCUAACAUAGAUGUAGAGUGUAACUGUGAUACAAAAAGUGUUUGACUCAAGUGCCAGGAUGUUAUAUAUAUUUUAUUGAUCAGUAGAUGAUCAAUUACUAUAUAAAUAUGAUAAAUAAUUGAUCAAUUAUUUGAAAACACUCAUACAAGUGUCAUGAAGCUGAUUGUACACUUUCUCUCUCAGCCCAGGCUGCACUCACACGAGGCAAUUUCUACCAUACCGAAGCACUUUUCACCUCCAAACUGCAAUUUGGUUGACUAGUGCAAAUUCUCCAUAACACGCUUAAGUAUGGUGCUCCUUCUUGACCCUUGCACUGUGAGAACAGGCGGGCUUUGUCACAGUACGACUGCUCAUGCAGGAACAAUGUUGAUAUGGUAAAAUUACAGCUGUGCAUACUUCAGAAUAGGGCUGGGCUAUAUGGCCUCAAACAAUAUCAUGAUAUAUUGAGCAGUUCACCUCAAUAACGAUAAAUGGAUUAUAACUACUCCACAAGCUGCUCACCCCCUCCCACAUUAACUUCAUCUACUUCAGCCGCCGCUCCAACUUUUGAACAAUCCUCCAUCUCCUCACCUGUCUUUUCGUCUUUGUUACAGACUGGAUGGGGUGGAGUCACGUCUCUGACGUAUGAGAGCGUCUUAAAGGGACAUGAGACCAUAGCCUACCUACACACACCCAAAACCAACUUUUAUUUAUUUGUUUUUUUGACACCGAAUAUACUAAUAUGGGCAAAACAACGUUGGUUAUUGACGUAAACUUGGUAUCUGUAAAAACUUGGUUUAUUACCCAGCCCUACAUCAGAAAUCCAGAAGCGUUAGGGGACUAUGUCCACCCAGAUCUACUUAACCACAACGUCAGUAAAGUUGUUCAUGUUUUCUCUAUUGUUGUCCAUUAUGUUCAUCUCUUGUAAACUUAGGGUACUACAUACUGACAUAAAGCCAUGCAUGAGACAGAUCAAAGUUUGAUGAUGUAUGCAUGUGAGGCAAUGGUGCUCAGGCUGAUUGUGAGUGCAGGCCAGUAGGGGACAGGUACAGCUUGACAACAGUUUUAUUUUUUUGUGUUUUCCUCCCUCUCCCACUUUAUGGACCCCUGCUGUUAAAAACCCUGUUAUUAUCUUAUUAAUUAACAGCACUGUUGUGUCAAAUAAAGACAGAACCUCAGAGUAAAAUCUAGUCCCAACUAGUUACUAUGGUGGUCUAGCUAGGAAAAAAAAUGAGCCAGUUUCAUGACGUUGAAGUCUCUUUGAUUUAAAAUGCAACUUAACCCCGUUAGGCCUCUCAUCUCUGUAGAACACCCUAGUGUUGUGUCGUUCACAAAUGAUUUGUUUAAAAGAACCAAAUCUUUUAAGUGAAUGUACUGAACCGAAUCACUUCCUCAAGGGAUUUGUUCGUUUCUCAUUUAAGUUGAGCUGAAGUGAGAAACAGAAUUGCCAGGCCAGCAGACGGCGAACGAGGAACCGUAUGAAUCACUUUGUGAAUGAAUCACACAUUGAACGACACUCUCUGGAAUCACUUUUUUCGAACAAACUACCUUUUUUACUGCUAAAUUGCCAUCACAACCACUUGCAUACAAUAGGACACAGCAUUUAACCAGUAGUGCAUUAAACCGCAGCAUCCCAUCAUUGCAGCGGUUUGCGAGGGAAGGGUGCAUGUUCAGUUUAAUUUCUUCUAAACGUUCAGUGUAUGAAUCACUCACUGAGCCCAAUUUACCGAGCAGACUUAAUAAAUAGCAUACCAUAGGACAGUACACUUAAAACAUCAUGGCUUAUAAACAAGUUCAUUUUUAUAAACCUGCAUGUCAAAGCAACACAGCCAAACACUCUCAUCUUUUGGUCCCAGCGGCUAUGAAUUGAGCUGAAUCCUGUAACAUUCAGCUCUUUAUCAGUUCAGGAGGUCGAAGUCGCAGGCUUCUCCUGCCAAGUGCUGAAUGAUUCAGUGAUUUGGUGAACGAAUCUUUUUAGUGAACUGAUUCUAGUGAUUCAGUACAUCUAAAAGCACUGCCGUGCCCAUCACUAGUACACCCCUAAAGUCUGUUUGGAAAAAGUAAGGCAGCUAAUAUCAGCCUUCUCACUGGUCAGACUAUCAGUCACAUUUGCAUCUGUUCUCCAGUUUCCGGCUAAUAUUUCCUCCAGUAUUUCAUGAAAAAGUGAUUAUUUGUGCGUUUUUUUACGUUUUCAUGCAAAAUGACGUUUACCUCUGAAGUCAUGAAUAUUUUUCAGACAUGUUUACAGACUGGUUGCCUUUGUUAUGGAUCAACGGGUUUGCUUGACUGAAAACCUUUUGUAGAUUUACACGACAGAAAACUUUAAUAUAGUGCAAUUUCUGUUGAUUUUUCUGCUUUAGUUUCUUUUUAAUUUAAAUUCAGUGGCAUGUCUAAUGAACUCAAAGGCGCUAUCUGAAAGUAUUUGUUAUAAGUGACUAAUUACUGCACGCUUACACUUAUGUAGGUUAGAUAUUCACUGCGUUUUAAAGUCCCACUCCGAUCGUUUUUUUUUAUACUACCAAGUGUUCUCAGUGGUCUUUCAAUUGUGAUUAUGAGUUUUUUUUGUUUUGUUUUUUUUACUAAAAAUCACGCUACCUGUGUCAUUUUCAAGGACUUUUCUUCUGCAGAGCUCCAGUAGCUCAUUAGCAAUUCACCUCUGAGUCGUGGACGGAGACAGCGCUGCUCUGCACACUGGUCUUUACGUUAGUUUGCUGCCUAACAUUGCCUGUGCAGCUAAAGUGGCAGGUAACAUAGGAGCUAUCAGCUCCCGGACACCGAUGUCUUUCGGGAUACGAUGAAAGCUAAUAUCAUAAUAAGCUUUCUUACAAGCAUUGCAAUCUGCUAAAGCACAUGCUUGUUCCACGAUCGUCCUCUCUAUUUCUCCUCUAUAUGCAGAGUGUGGCCUGCAUAGCAGGGCUACGUAGCUUGGAUUGGUUGCGUAUGAACGCUCACUGUUUCUGAACCUGUCGUUUGGAUCUGCCAGAGAUUCACAGUGAUUUGAACGAAGAAAUACUCAGAAAAGCUAUUUCAUAUUUAGUUUUCUCAUGAUAUGUCCUGUAGCUUUAGAAAAAUGCCAUAUGAACAUAUAAAAAACAAGAAAAACAUUAUUUCCCUCAGAGUGGGUCUUUAAAAAGGAAUUUAAACUCCCACUCUACUGACUGUUAUAGGAAUCUACUAGUACAUUUCUCUUUGUGUUGAAACAGUAUCUUAAUUGUUUUUUUUAUAUCGGUCCCUGUGGCAUUGUCUUAUAGAGUAAACCUAUCUUUGCCAUGCAUGAUUGCCACUGAUUUGAUGAUAUACUGAUGAUCAGUAUUUGAUGUUAACAAGAUAAACAGAUUAAGAAAUAAAUCAGAUUUUACCACUUUGGUAUUGCUAUUUUAUUUGAAAGACUAGUUUUUACGUUUGUAUUGCUGCCUUUGUCUUCUGACAUUAAAAAUCUGUAUGUAUUUUUA